AUGGAUACAAAUAAUUCAGAUUCAGCUGGAGGAUCUGCCUUCCUCUCCAAUCUGCAUUCAAGGUCACGUAAGCUUAUGCUUACGUUCUAAUACAUUCUAAUAAAACUCGCACAAUUUUGUGCCAAUUUAAUAUAUUUGAACUUGGAGCCAGUGUGCUGCGUGCAGAUAAGAAUGUAAGCAGGACAAAAUGAAAGCAAAAGGCAAGUGUUUUGAGAUAAAACAAUAAGAAAAAAACAACUUACAUUGUAUUUACUGCUUCAAGUUUGGGAGCCCAAGUAAAUUGAUGAAGCAAAUAUUUGAAUAUAUAUAGCUAGCAUGCAACAAUUUGAUUUAAAAUUGGAAGUUUCCACUUUGGAUUUGUUCUCCCACACCAUGGUGCAAGCUCUGAAUAUGAACAGUGGAUAAGAGUUGAAACAGCAGCAGCAGCAGCACAACUGGACCCUUUCUUCUGCCCCAGUUGAAACAAAACACAUCUGUCCCAUACUGAGCUCUACAGCCACAGCCAGCGCUGUAGCUCUCCAACAGUUUAACUUCACCCCUCAAAGGCGCACUCCUCCAUUAUCUCCUGAGACAGCCGGAUGCCAACUAAUAUAGAUAAUUUACACUGGUGCCAGAACUCAAAUUUAGCUGUACACAUGUACAGUAUGUAGGACUUGGGAGGAAACUUCAUUGAGCAGAGUGGGACUGAGUAAAUGUGAAAUACUGUUUUAUUCCUCUGCAAUCAGGAAUCAUUCCCACAAGAGGGCGAUACAUCAUCACAUUUUAAAAAGAUUUGGUUUGCAACGUCCCCCAUUCACAUGAGCAACAUAUCACACUUCGUUGGAUGAGCGUCACAGAAUAGACACAGGGACCUCAACUGUUCGCCAAAAAAUCUCAAAAAUUAUAGACAGGGGCUCCGAAGUUGCAUUCACAAGUUCCUUUAAUACCCCUGGGUGCAAUUCAUCAGGCCCUAGAGAUGUGAAUUCAUUUAAAGUAGCUAGGUUUUCCUUUACCACCUCUUUUCCUAUCUUGGCUGCAGCUUCCUUUUUGCAUCAUUUAUUCUGUUAUCACAAAGUUUUUUUCUCAGUUUUCUCCAUGCAGAGAACCUACUACAUACUUGCUUGUUCCUCCUCUUGCUCCUAACAUAGCUGAACAACCUCUUGCAAGCCUGAGCUCAUUGUGAGCUUUGGCUCACUUGACCUUCACUCUGCAACUGUUGGCUACUCAUGUAUACUCUUCCUUAGUGAUUUCCUCUUUCUUACAUUUCUUAUACAUGCCAUUCUUAAAUCUCAGCUCUUUAGAUGCAUCCCACUUUUAUUUAUUGUUGAAAUUGUCUACAUUUGUGCCUUCAAUAUUUCAUCUUUAAAAAACUCCCAACCAUCUUGGACUUCCUUCUCUUUGAUAAUUUCUGACCAUGGGAUCUCACCCAGUAGUUCCUUAAGCUUUUGGAAAUCAACCUUCUUGAAGUCCAGAGUGCAUGUCUGACUACACUCAGUUUUCCUUUGCUUGUGUACCAUGAAACAUAAAAGGAUACAAUCACUUACUCCCAAGGUUCCCAGUACUUCCACUUCAUCAGUUCCUCCCUUUUGGUGAGAACCAGGUUCAAGAUAGAUGAUCCCCUGGUUGUUUCUUCCACCUUCUGGGAAAUGAAAUUGUCAGAGAUCUGCAGAUGAAGGGCGGUGUACAAAUAAUAAUAAUAAUAAUAAUGAUGAUGAUGAUGAUGAUGAUGAUGGAAUUUGUUGGCCCUUACAUUAUUGGCAGAGUUUGAGUUCCAGCAGAUAUCAGGGUAGUUGAAAUCUCCCAUGACUACUAUAUUUCUCCUUUUUGAAUGUUUGGUAAUCUGCAUCACUGAAGUUUUCACUCUGGCUUGGAGGCCUAUCUAUAGCAUACACCCACAGUAAGGUCACUGCUGUUUUCUUCUCCUAAACGUUUUACCCAUUUACUAUCAAUUUGCCUUCCAUGCUCCAGGUCAUGGAUCUCUUCACAAUAUACACAUCCUUUACAUAUAAUGCUCCUCCUCCUCCCUUUCUGUUUGGUCUAUUCCUUUUGAACAAGGGUUGUUUAUACAUUAUUUGCUAGCUUUGUUUUGAUCACUUCAGUGGGUAUUUCUGCCUUGUUUUCUUUGCUUCAUAUUCUGUAAGCUUAUUCUUUAGGAAGUAACAAGGCAUUUGAACUUCAAAAUUGAUGAAAGAGAAGUUGCAGAGCAUGUAUGCAUUUGAACAUAUAUCUGUGCUUAGUGCAGUAUGUUUGCAGAAUGACGUUUUUCUUAUAAGAGCUAGCUAAAACAAUAAACCUGUUUUAUCACCAGUAAGUACAAUUAAAAUCAAUUAGUUUGCAAUAACAGAGUUAUUUUAUCAACAAUAUAACUAAAUAUGCUCCCAGUAUUUAAAGGAUUAAAAAGAAAAUAAUUAUGUGCUGCUAUAAAAUACAUAUACUUUUUGAGGCAUUGAAUAAAAGUAGGUAGUGCUUGUUGGUAUCUACACAAUACAAUUCAAAAUAACUUCUUACAUGAGCCCUGUUGCUAACUUGCACAGUAAAGGCUUAGAGGACAAGCUAUAUUUACAGUUAACUAUAAUAUAAUGUAUGUAUAUGAUAUAGGGGGUGUUUCUAUCUCUUUCAUCUUUAAAAAUUAAAUUUGUUCCUCCAUUUCUUGUAGUCUUCCCAAACCCCUUCCCUUUACAGUGCUAGCUUCUUAUUUAUGCAUUUGCUUAAUUUUCUCACUGAUGCUUUCAACUGCUCCCAUCCUACUCUUUACAAGCUUGUGUAAAAAUAGCCUUAUUUUAGCCUUUGCUUUGGUCUAGUAUGAAAUAAGUUGCAAGGGAUGUAAUAAUGGAUUUGAGAGUCAUUGUGACAAGUGUGGGGAACCUUUUCUGCGGGGCUGGCCAGCCUGUCUCCCUUUCUCUAGCCUCCCUAUACAGUGGUACCUCGGGUUAAGUACUUAAUUCGUUCUGGAGGGCCGUUCUUAACCUGAAACUGUUCUUAACCUGAAGAACCACUUAAGCUAAUGGGGCCUCCUGCUGCCGCCGCACCACCGGAGCACAGUUUCUGUUCUCAUCCUGAAGCAAAGUUCUUAACCCAAGGUACUAUUUCUGGGUUAGCGGAGUCUGUAACCUGAAGUGUAUGUAACCCGAGGUACCACUGUACUUCCCCAUGGUCCAUCACCAUGUAAUAGACAUAGCUCUUCUCAUUGUGGGAAAGUUGCUGGCCACCACUGCUGUAAGGGGCUUCCAACAGUGGUACCCACCCAGCCCAUUCUCUGUUGCUAGCCCUUCCCUUGAGAAAGACUAGUGGGGGAGAUAUUGGGUGUUCAUGGUGGAAGGUGACAUCAAUGGUGGCACCCAAGAGACAGAAAGGAUAGAACCUUUUUAAAUGGAAGAUGUGCCUGAUUCAGAGACGAAAUCAGCUAGCAAGGACUGUGUGGAUGAGGAAUGGGCAAGAAAUAGAUUUCAAUGUUUGUUUUUAUUAAAAGGCCAAUGUGGGGGUAAGCUAUAGAAAUAUCUGAGGAGCAAGGGCACAGCCUGUGAGCUUCCCAUCCCUGCUCCAAAGAAUGGGAACUUGUUUUUAGAAUAGACAUAUUUCUUGUUUUUCAAAACCAGUGGCUGCUGGUGCCCUGCAAAAAUGUUAGUUAUUCAAGCUUCAGUAAUUUGACCUGCCCAGCUCUGCUUGUGCAAACUUCUCCCUGACUAAUGGAACAACAAGUUUACAGAAGUUUCUACAAAUUUUCCAUUCAAUUAUUUGAAAGCUUGUCUGAAAUGGGGUAGCCUAAGCUAGUAAGACUGGCUGUGCCACUAGGGUGUGCAGGAGUUGGUUCAUGCUACAAAUCACUGAUAGCCUUUUCCUCUAUGAAUUUGUCUAAAGCCAUCAAAGUGGAUUGCCAUUCUUACAUCUUGCAGUAGAUAAUUCCACUGUUGGUUUUUUAAGAAAAUACACAGUGCAGAAAAAUGCUUCCUCUUGUCUGUCCUUAAUCUCCCAUUAUUCAGCUUCAUUGAAUGAUCCCAGGUUCUAAUAUUUCUCUUUAUUUCUCUUUCAGGUCAAAGCAAACUGAAAAAGGACAGAAGACAUCCCAACAUCAAGCUGGGGGUACAGGCAUCAAGCCCCUGCCUCACACAAGAGAGAGUGGCACUUCUUGAUAAGCAAAUUAUUCAAAUGCUGGCAGGCAUUGCCCCAUGGCAUCUUGAGAACUACAGAGAACCACUGCAGGCACUGAUGCUUCUUGUAUACAGAGUGAACACUUGCCACUUUAGCUAAUUGCAUCUUUGCCAUGGAAGGCUGUUGUGGUUAGUAGCACAGUUGUGUGGAUGCCAUAGGUCCUUAGUUCAUUCUCUGUGCCCUGCAUCAAGAAGUCCUCAAGUCACAGACAGACUGAGCAAAUUCAGGCAUAAAUCUUUCUUUUCCUCUCAUGCUAGACAAACAGACAGACAGACAGAGACACACAAGGGUGUUGCUUUAAAUACCUCCACACCCUUCCUUAGUGUGGACCAUGUGGUGGUGGGCCACGUGGUGUGCAAAAUUUAGACUUUUGUUCUUGGCCAUUCAUCAAGAACAUAAGAGCUGCUGUGAUGGGGAGAGGAAGCUUUCACCACAAGUAGGACAUCUGCACAUGGGUCCUUAGAAAAUGCUAAAUUGGACAUUUUGAGUGCAAGUAACAUAAACCUCAGUAAUUUUUGAUUAUACUCUUUUAAGUUCAGAAAACUACAUUGGUUCAUGUGGGCAGAAGGCCAAAGGGCAGUCUCUCUCAAACAGCACAAAUGACAGGGUGUUAGCACUUCUAAGGAAUUCUGCUUCUCUCAAAUGUUCAUGUUCCUCCCUCACUUUCUAAUGGUUGCUGUUGUCUUUCCACCCACUAAUACAAUUUAGAUCCUAAACUUCAGUUUUAAAAGGAACGAUACUAAACUCAGGAUACAAACUGAAGUAAAAUUAAACUUGGCCCACUACAUUAUUUGUUGACCCACCAAGCUGAAUACAGCUCAUUAAAUUUAUGUACUGUGACCCACCAGGGGCCUGAAAAAGUAUGCUACUGCAAAAACAGGGGACAUUAUCAAACCUGGCAGGCCACAGUACAUAUCAAAUAGGCUGCAUUUGGCUAGGUGUGUCCCAAGCUAUGCAGGCCUGCCCUAGACAGUGACCUUGACACUUAAGAAGGUUUACUACAUUAGCUGCUGUAUCAGUCAGGAAAUGCAGACACAAAGCCAGGCAAGAGAGUCUCGUUUAUUUGAUGUGGGAGGUGGGAGCAAGCACUUAAAUUGAUACUGGAAUUAUAAUUCAUUAUGGGCAAGGAAAAUAAUUAAAAAUAAAUGUCACCUUAGUGUUUUAAUCACCUUGGUGUUUUAACAUUCAUUAGCAAUGACACUGGGAGCUAAGGUGAGAUUGUCUUACUCAGCAAUUGGAGAGAACAGAGCUUGCAUGUUUUCCCUUACUCUACUGUAAGUUAAAGGUUUAGAUAGUUUAGGGUUGUUGUUGUUUUAAAAAAUGGAAGCUGUAAUGAUAUACGGGUGAGUCUGGAUUAUCCCAUCUGCUGCAACCACCAAACUCCUAUGAUCCUUGAAUGAAAACGAAUCACUGGAUCUAGAUGGAAUCCACCUGAGCAUUCUAAACAGACUGAAGGAUUAAAAUGUCAAUCUUCUAACAAAAAUCUGUAACUCGCCCCAAAGCUUGGCAUCCGUCAGAGAACUGAAAGGAAUCUAUGUGGCACCAGUGUUUAAAAGAGGUUGGUUCUAUGAAGUUACAGGCCCAUUAGCUGAACAUUUGUUAAAGAUAAAAUCAUUGAUCAUACUUAAUAGUAAGACUUGCUGUAGAAUCAACAUGGCAUGGCUUCUACAAAGCUCUGUCUCACUAUCCUUUUAGAGCUCUUUGAAAGUCUUCACAAGCAUGUGGCGAGGGGAAAUUUGGUAAAAAUUAUAUACUUGGACUUUCAAAAGGCUUUGACUAGAACUCUUGUCAAAAAUUCAUAAUUCAAAAGGACUCCCUGUAACCGCUGAACAGCUGAUCAGUAAUUUCAGCAAGCCUUUUUGCAGUCCAUCUGCAGAUGCAGUUUGGAUUCAAACCGUACCUGUAAAUGGGCAAAGAAAGGCUCACUGACAGUGGAUAUAGUAGUAAUGGUUCUAUAUAGAUAGCUAUAAGCAAUCUCCUCUAAGUUUAGAUACCACAUGCUAUAAAUACCAGUUGUAUGAGAACAAGAGAAUUAGAGGGCUAUUCAUGUCCUGCUUGUGCGCUACCUGUAGGCAUCUUGUUGGCCAGUGUGGGAAACAGCGUGCUGUACUAGACAGGUCUUUGAUUUGAUUCAGCAGUCCUUUUAUGUUGUGUGUCAAAACUGGCAGAAGACAAAACCUCUAAACAAAGCCAUCUAUUGUUUCAGAAGUUGUUCACUGUCUUUUUGGCACCCUAACCCACUGGUACCAGUAUGGUGCAUUCCAGAUGCUGUGGACUAUAACUUCCACUGGCCUCACCUCCCACAGCCAAGUCAGGGAAGAUAGAUGUUAUAGACUAAAAUAUAUGGAGGACACCUGCCCUAAAGAUCUGAUAGACGCCUCUAAAAGUUAACAUCAUGCAUUGGUUUAUAUAAGCUUUUGGGUGCCUACUGGCUAAUUAACAAUUAAAAUAAGAUACACUUGUAAGAAUAAUUUGAAUUGCAAACUUAUUUGGUCUGGACUUAUUAUUGUGUUCUUAAUCAUACAUAAUACAUGUGAAAGAUGGCAAUCUUGCCAUCAUAUCUGAAGUGUGUUGAUAGAACCUGAUUGUUUCCAUUUAUAUAUGUAAAUAUGGGUCACCAAGUUUUUUCUCUGAUUUAAAAAAGAGCCCAGCUUUUAAUGGAUUUUUGUAUAUUAAGUGUUUGGAUAAAAUGCUCAUCAUUGUACCUCUUCAGAAAAGGAACAAAAAUAGUACAACACACACUUGUUUCAUUAGAUCUGGGAUUUCUGUCCCUUCUUCCCUAACACACAUUGAGCAACACUCUUCAAAACAUGAUAAUAACUCUUUAGCACUAUCAGGAACAUAUAGAGCAAGCUUUAAAUAAAUUUAUCAAGCCACCACCCUUGAAAAGUACAUAUUGCUUAUGCAAUAGGAUUAUGGAAACAUGUUGUCAGAGACACUUAGGGGAAACGGAUAGUCAUCCACAACAGGAAGAAUGUUCCACAUUAUUUUGAAUGAUAAGUAUUAUUUUCCCUUGCUUAUCAGUUAGGUAUGGGUUGAUGCAUUACCUAGGAUCAAACUACAAAGCUAGGCUCCUGUAAACCCACUUGUUCCACAAACUCCUCCUCUUAAUCUUCCUCUACAACUAAAUUGAAGGGCUGAUCCAUGCUGUCAUUUGUCCCAUGUCAAACACGUUUUUAAUAUGAAAUAAUUGUGCAGAAAGGUCCUUGCAUUUUCCAUUUACAGGAGCAUUAUACCACCUGUAAAUACUGAGAAAGAAAACUGGGUAUAAGGAUCAUCAUACCCUGCUUGAUCUAAUCAAGGAAGGCAAUUAUUUCUGAUGACGUUCACGAUUUUAAUUUAAAGCGGUUUUUGUAUUCCUCCCGCAAGGUGCAUGUAAAACUCUACUGACACUAUAUAAAAACUGCCAAUGCUCUUCAACUUCUCUUCGGCUUUGAGUGUGCAUUUGUGAAAGACAAAAGCGCAACUUCACAUACGUUUGCCUUCUCAAGUUUCUGAACGUAUGGGUGGGCCACGCAUUACAACAAACACGUUUGAGAUCCCCCGAAUUUUAUUUGUUUUGUUUUGCCUCAGCUGCGAGGAGAGGCGUCGUGUCUGAUUUUUUUUUUUAGUUUACUUUUGUUUUACUCCACACCUCAUUCUCCCCCACCCCCCACAUCCCCAAGAGCUGCAGGCAUCUGGGGAGUGGCUGCCGUGACUUUCCCUUACACGUAAAGAAGCUUGGCAGGAAAAUCUCGUCGCUUUCACCGGUUCAACCCGAUCCAGCUUCGCACUGACGAGCGAGGUGUGGUUGCGGAGACAGAAAUGGCAGUUGGGCCGGAGAAGAGCUCCCGUGGGGUCGAGCGCGGAGGCGGUUAUGGGGCAGCCUCUGACCGAGGCAGUCAGGAGAGAGGUCCUUCGCUUGGUCCCAUUACUCCUCAGUGCCCUUAUUAUGGUGGCGCCUGUGGCAGUUUAAUAGCCUCCGGUAAAGGCUGUUAACUCCGUCGCCGCGCCUCGCUCGCUUUUCUUCCUUCGAGCCACCCGUAGCCGGGAGUGACGAGCCCCGCCCAGUAAGCAGGUCCCGCCCACCGCCGAGGCUGCUGACUCGGGGCUCGCGGAAGAGAGCCGUUGGAGCCCUGCCUGAGGAACUCCGCGGCAGCCAAUGAGAGAGGCGCUUCUGGCGCGAGGGGGUGGCGGCGAUGGCGCCGGCCUCCUGAGGGGUGGAUGGGGGGGGGGCCGAGGGAAGCCGAGGAGGCGCGCGAGAGCGGGGAAGUGGGCGCGCAGCUGAGGCGGCUGCGUCUCGCGGUGCGGUCGUCGACUGAGAUGACGGUCUGAGGUGAGAGCGGGGCUGCGGGGAAGGGAGGAGAAGAGGCGAGCUAGGGAAGGGCGCAUUCCUCGCCCGGGAGCCGUCGAAGUCGGUGCUGGGCUCCUCCAACCCUCCCUCGGAGUUGCUUGGAGUGGAGGGGGGGGGCGCUACCUCAGCAGCCCCCUUUUCCCGCUUCGGUUUGCCGCCGCCAGCGUCUCUCGGCGGCUUCGUGGCCCGAGGGGACUCGGAAGCUGCGGGGUAGGGGGAGGUCAGUCCGUCGGGGGCGGGAGGGGCGUGAAUUCAGCGGCAGAAAACACGACCUUUGCUCGGGAGAGCAACACGGCCGCGUCCCUCAUCCCCCGCGGGGCGCGGCAGGGCAGGACGAGCAGCGCAGAGUCCCUUUCCGAGAGGCGUUGAAGGAACGGUUUUCGGCGGCUGCUGUCCGGUUGCUUCGCCCGACUUAAACCUGGUGUGUUACAAGUGGGCUGUGCAAUUCUGAGAUAUGCAGGGGGGCAUCCUUAAGUGUUGUAGUUCAGCAUGCUUUUAGAACUUCUUGUUGCCUUCCCUUCCCAAUGCGAGCUCUGUUCCUAAAUAUGAGACGCGGCUCUUCCCCCCGAUCGCGUUUUUUUUAACACCACCUGGCGCAUGCUGUUCUCAUUAUGGUUGAUUUGGUGCAAAUAACGUCAGUUUUUCCAAGACGUUGGUUUCAAAGGGCAUACUUGAGGCUUCCUCCCCCCCUCCACUUCUAGAAGGCUUGUAGAGUACUUACUUACACACUACUUUCAAAGGACGGUAAUUAGGUGGCCAUAUGCUCACAUAGUUGUUUCUAAUUAUUUAUGCAACCCAGCCUUUGAUAGCGUUUAGCUCUAAUGAGGAGCCUACGUGCUUUAUGCUUUGGAGUUUUGCAAAAAAAAUAAUGCUCGUAGACCCCACCCUACAGGCUUGGUACAAGCUUCCCCAUGAAACCUCCUGGUACCUUACUGUGUGCGCCAUUAUUUAUACUCCAGCUAUGGCCAGUGUGCAGACACACAAUGAUAAAUACUUACAUGUGCAAUCAUUAUACUAACUAGAUUCUCUACAUGUGAAUUUCAGAGUUAAGUCUUAGCUAUAUGGAGAUGUCUUCCUGAAAAUCUGCAGUAUGUGAAACUUCCUGAAAGGAUUGUUCAGGCUGCAGCUUCUCUGGCAUCUAGUUUCAUAGUGUGAAAAUGGAAUUAAAAGGAAAAUAUUGCAAAAAUAAAUAUCUAAUAGUAUAAGAUGAUAGGUGUACCGAUCCAGUUCCUGUUUUGCUGUUUUGAAUAUCUUGUCAAUAUUCUGUUUGGAUCAAUACUCUGUAUGGCUUGUAAGUGUCUCAAAAUGGCCUGAUACAGUGGUACCGCGGGUUACAUAGGCUUCAGGUUACAUACGCUUCAGGUUACAGACUCCACUAACCCACAAAUAGCACCUAGGGUUAAGAACUUUGCUUCAGGAUGAGAACAGAAAUCGUACUCCGGCAGCGUGGCGGCUGCAGGUGGCCCCAUUAGCUAAAGUGGUGCUUCAGGUUAAGAACAGUUUCAGGUUAAGUACGGACCUCUGGAACGAAUUAAGUACCGUAUUUAACCCGAGGUACCACUGUACUUGGAAAUCCCCUUUCUGCCAAGUUAUUUUAGUCUAGUAAAUUAUAUCUCUUGUAGACAUUUAGUUAUAUUGUAGUAGACUUCAUGCAGUUGAUCCAAGGCCACCUCUGCCCCAUUUCAGAGCCUAUUGCCAGCUACUGCCAGCAGGAACACUGCCAGCAGUAGAACUACACCCACAGAGCUUUCAGCAGGUGCGCCAGAAGCCUCUGUGGAGGAGGUUUCUCGCUGACUAGUGAAGCCCUUUGCUGGUAGGAAGGCAUCUCUGUGAAGUUCUAACCCCCUCAAGGUUAUGGAUUGGGGAGUUAGUGUUGUUCCAUCCAUUGAGUGGGUUUGCUUUGCUUUUUAGCUGGAGUCUUUCAUCAUUUGUAUAAUUGGGAUUUCAGUUAGGUAGCACUGCUGUGGUAAAGUUUAUGUAUGUCCAAAUUUGCAUUUGCAGCUGUAUCAGCGGCACACAUGGAUUUUUCUUGUAGGCUUGGGGGAAUAGUAGAUUCUGUAUACAGUAUUUGUUGCAGUAUCCUUUGAUAACUUUUUGUGUUUGAUAAUGUUUUGCAACAAUUGUGUCCCCCCCCCCAAUGGAGGGUAUGAGGAUUAAUAUUUUUCUUAACCCAUUCUGGGCUUUCUGUUGUUGAUAAAGAAUGCAUUUUCAUUUACAAUUGCUGUCUUGCCACAUAUUUCUGAUACAAUGCCUGAAAAGUUAUCUUCUAUCUAGGGUACUCCUCUUGUGCUGCUGCUUAUCCCCAAGUCUCAUGCAAGGCAGGCACAAAAAGGUUUAUAUCAGUUAUUGCUGAGGUUUGGGCAGCAACAGUUAACACUUAACUUUUCUGAGGAUGGAAAUUUACAAGCAUGCCGUGCUAUUUAUAUCUAACAGUUUAUUUUAGCUAAAGUACUUUGAUUCUAUUCUAGCUAUUGAUUUGGAAUGUUGUGUUAGCCUGUUCUUUCUUAGGAGGUUUAGGGCAGGUAGUAGUUAAGUACACAUACUAAAAAUACAUUUGUUUGAAAAAGAGACACUAAAGCUCACCCAUCACAACUCCAUUUGCAAUCCCCUUGUCCAAAUAAAUAAAUGUGUCUGUUGUUUCCAGAAGAUAGACCUGGACUUAAUGGAUUACAUCCAAAGAAGCCUGCCUGAUUGUGCAAUAGGAUUUUCCUACUUCUCCCCACACAUCCUGUAGACCCCUGACCCCACCUGCUCUAGAGUGUUCCCAGAAGAUAUACCUGAACUUAAUGGGUAGUCCCCAGUGCAGCCCCAAAAUCUGCUCUAGGGGGUUUUAUUAACUGGAACAGAUUUGGGGGGCUCUUGGGAGACUUCAGGGGGGAAGAGAAGAGGAAGUCCUGUUGUAUAAGCGGAAAUCUGCUUGCACAGUGUUGGAUGUCUCUCAGUAAAGCUCUGAAAGAUGGGAACUAAUAAAGGCAAGGAAAUGUUUUUGUUGGUUUGUUUAAGAGAAUUUAUAUGACGCUUGAGUGUAAAAAAAAAUUUCCUUUAAGUGGUUUACAAAAAUAAGUUACUGAAAGUGCCUUUCUACACAUGCACCAAGAAAUAGCUCACAGUUGAACACAGAAAUUAUGACUGGACAAACCUCAAUGUCUGAAUCAACCUAGUGUAUAUUACUGCUUGCUUCAGAACUCACAUUGCAUUAAUUGGUUACAAUAUACUCACUGUUCUAUUGUUUCAGUUAUACUGAAUGGACAACUAAAACUGGCAUUCCUGACUUGGCUGUUGCAAGCUACUGGUCUUCUAAGUUAAGCAGAAUUAGAGAUUUUGUCUGUGAAGUAGCAAACUUGCCACAGUUGAGAGAGCUUAUAUUUGGCUUUCAAUUCUGGAAAGCUAUACCCAGAGCAAUCUUUGCAAAUGUUAUGGGUUUGUGAUAUUGAUUGACUUAAGCUUGGAAGAUGGGAGUUUCAUUGGGAGGAAGGUUUGGAAGUACUCAUAAUAUGCCAUAUUCAUGAGUUAUUGGCUAGUUGUUUAGACGGCAUAAUUAACUUGUUAUGCUACUAUCUGGCGUAAGCUAACACAAAAUGCAGUAUGCUGUAAUGAAUAUGUUUCAUGCUUUGACAGUUCCAUAUAUUUAUUCAAGUUGCUAUGCAGCCUCACUACUAAAAAUGGAAGGUUUUAUCUGUUUUAGAUUUUUUUGUUUCUGUCUUUCCCUCUUUAUACGUACCCACUUGCUGCAUCAUUCUGGCACCCAUAUUAAUCCUGGAUUAUGGACAGGUUGAAUCUCCCCGAUUCCUUACUUUGCCCCUACUUCAAUCCAGGGGUGGACUACAGGUUUAGGAAGGUUCCACUUUCAAAUCCAUCUUGCACAGUCCACUUAACUUUUUUGUGUUUUGCCCCAAGAUGAAGUAGUGAGAGGGAUGACAUAACUCUGAGGCUCUUGCCAACUUCAAAUCCUCAACAUGUAAUUAGUAAAGCAACAUAUUCUAGUAUUCUUACUUCAAAGAUUGAAUUUCAAUCUAUUUUACAACUUUCUUUGAAAAUGGAUUUGGUGUUUGAGCCCCAAAUACAGAGUGACGUCCUGAAUGUGUGCACCAAUUCUCAUCUGGCUGUUUUAAUCUUCAUGGGAGGUUAUUGUGUUGUGUCUUCCUUGAGCUGGAUUUGGAAUUCAGAAUUCUAUCCUAAAUAUGUGUACCAACUUAAUUUUUGUAUCUCAGUGUUCAGAGGAGUUGUUACGUUACUCACUCAUGCAUGCUGAACAGGAGGAAUUGCCCCCAAAAUCCUGUUGUGGGUAGUGAGUGUACAGAGCUGUAGAGCAACUUUCAACAGCUAAUUGUUAUAUUUUUGCACAAAUUCAUGGUGUACUGACUUUAAAAUCAUGGUGUACUGACUUUAAAAGUUAUUAAAAUAAAUUAUUUGUAUUUUUCUCUCUUAGUUUAUUGGAUUGUUGCUUGAUGGUGGAAAAUGGGCGAGAUAGAAGGCACUUACAGAGUGCUGCAGACUCCAGGUUCUCGUUUGGGAGUCCAGAAAAAUUCUGGAGUGAGCACCCUGGAAUCAGGACAGAACCUCUCCUCUGCUAUAGCCUCAACACCUGCUAAAACACAUGAGAGGUCUCUACAAAUAAGGAUAAAGCAUUUGGACAACACUGUGGAGAUACUUGAUAUUGAGGUAAAACUUUCAGUAUAGCUUUGGAUUUUUGUCUGUAUGCAACAUGGAAAAGGGAUUCAUUUGAGAAAGGGAGUGAAUCAUAGAAAAUGCACUUAAUGAGGUUAAAAGGUCUUUAGCUAUUCUGGUGAGGCAUGUAGGAACAACAUGUAAUGUUACAAAUAUAAGAAUCUCAAGAUCAAAUCAAACACAUGGUUUAAUUUAUUUAUUUUCUCACUAAAACCCCAUUACAUAUGGGACUUAAAACAAUGUUAAACCACCAUGGUAAAAACGUAUUUACCUCCCAUUUACCUCCCUAUAUAGUCUGUAUGUGGCCAUGUAAGCAGGUGUCCUGUUUUUUUGGAGGACUAGUUUAUUGUUAGUGCCCCUGUUCUUAAAUGGGGUGGAGGGAUGAUAUGAAGCAAAUGGGGGAAGUGAAGUGGUUUUUCCAUUUUCGACUGAUAAGAAGUGCCCCCAGCCAAAAUGUCUAAAUAUUGUGAAACCUGGAGGAAGAAAUAUAUAAACAGGAUAGUCUUGAGGAUACCGCUGAUGUACACCUUGGCUAGGGCCAAAUUGGCCUUUUCUGUUCCCACCCCCCACCCCACCCCAGUCAUGCCUGUGCUCAUAUUGAUAGAAAACAAGAAUUCUGAAGCACCUGUUUAGGAGUGUUCUAAAUUAAUCUUUUCUGUAGUUUCACUUGGAGGAGAGAGGCAAAACUAGAUUAUCAUUCUAGAUUAUCAUUAAGCAAUUAGUGGGGGAAAUGCUUUAUGCCGUUUACCCCUGAUACUUUUAGGUAAUGUAUUUCUUCAUAAAUGUAGGAUACGAUUUCAUUACAAAUGGUUGUACAAUUCCUUUAGUCAUAAAUGCUUCAGAACAUUGCUAGGUGAAAUUUUCUUGCAUAAUUCAGAUAUGAAGUUCUUGCUUAAAGUUUCUGAACGAAAAUCUAAUGUAGCUUGAUAUAUAAUUUUAUUGCCAAAGAAGUACAGAUUUUAUCUUGAAUGUGUGUCUCUUGUAAUCAUAUUUUCCCACAACUGGAGCUUCCCAAAUGUGUCAUUUGGUGUAGGCUGUUUGAAUUGGCUAUCAUACUAAAUAAUGUUUCCACUUCUUGAUACAGACUAGUUGCCCACACUUUCAGAUGCACUGUAAUAGAGUGAGUACUUUAUUUUGUGUUCUGUAACUGUUUUGUGUGAAUUCUCCUCCUGCACUAACUGAUGCUGUGACCAUCACUGACCCUGAUUAAAAGAAAACCAAGUAUGUUCCUUUGAGUAUUUCAGUGUAAUCCACCUUCAUACAACUAGGGGAGAGGAUUUUCUAGAAGGGAUUUUCCAGAGGUGACUUAAGUAUCCUGUGACUGCUUAACAAAAUAUAUUAACAUGCCAUCAGGGUGCAGUUAGUUAAUGCACGUAGCCAGUUGCAGAGCACAUCUUCCAGUUGCACGAAGAGAGUGGAAAAAUAAUUCUUAAAUUCUUUUGAAAGCUAUUGAGUAUUAGAAUAUUCUCUUUAGCUAUUUUUUAAAUAAUUGUCUGAUACGUUUUCUUUAAAUUUCUUAAAUUACUGUUUGGUAUUUGAGUCAUUUUAAGUUUUCCCGGCUUGUUGCAAUAAGUUAUCUAUGUAAGGUCUGAAUCCCACAAGUGAAAAUGGCCUGCUUUCAAACUUUCAUUAAGUUGGGGUUAGACAAGUCAGAUUCUAUUAUUUUAUCAUGUGUGGUUUAUGUGCCACUUCAACAGGCAUGGUAUAAAAAUGGGCACACUUUGCUCUUGUUGUCCUAAAUCAGUAUUUUAAUGUCUUGAUUUACUUAAAAUAAAAUCUGUAUAUGGUUGACCAUGACUCACUACAUUCUGAGGUCUAAAAUAAAGAACUGUUUUUGGAACUCAGAAAGUUUAUUGAGCUAUACAGGAAGUAAUCUGGAAGUUUUUACACAAGGCUGUGAUUUCCUGUGGUUAUACAGGAAAAAACAGCUGCUAACUAAAGGGAAAUAUAAAAGCAUAAAUACACAAACAAAACCCCAGUUAGGCUAAAGAAGGUUUGUUGAUUUGAAGGACUGAUGGAAAGAAAAAGAUGUUAAAAUAAUUUCAUCAGCUGACUACUUGUAAACACAUUGUAGGAGUUUGUGCUGUGAAGUUACUUUUGACAAUAUGCGCAUGUAGCAUGUAGCAGUUUUUAGGACAGCAUCUGGCAAGUGCCCAGUAUUCCAUACUGCUCCCAAAGAAGGAAAUAGACUUAACUCAAAAGGUUGUAGUUUUUUCCCCCUUGGCAGAGACAAUCUUUUCCUUAUUCUGAUUUUUCUUUUGGUCAUUCUUUCAUAAUGCAUUUGUUUUAUUUCGUGAAGCUGUAUGCUAUGAAAGUGUUAACCACUUUAAAUGUGCAAAAUGGGGGAGGAUGAACUCUUUCAAAUCCCUUUAAAUACUGUGCUAUAAGAAUCAAAAAGAUGUUAGGAUAGUCAGUGCCUUGUUGGUUGAGUAGGAAAAAAAUAGACAAAAUUCCAGAAAGAAUCAUUGCCAGAUGUUUGUCAUGACUCUGAAUACUCUAAAUAUGGCCAGUUAACUGCCUUGAGCUUAUUUUUAUCUGUCCUUAGAAGAGACCUAUAAUUCAUGGCUGUGGAUAUUAUAGGUUCUUCUUAAAAAACAAUUUUCAAUUUCCAUUCUCCCUGUUAUUUGGACUGCUAUAUUGUUAAGCCUGUUAUUUUGUUAAUGGCUUGACUUUCUUUUGAAACCGUUUUUGAGAACAACUGUUUUACCUCCCAUGAACUACAAGCCAGUAGCAAGAAUUGGGCUUCAGCUAGCACUUGGUUUAGUUGUGUUAAAUUGUGUUUCCUUGACAAAAGAACUCAUUUGUUCCUGGUAAUGGCAUUUCCUUAUAACUGAUUUUUCAGUGGAACAUAUUUGAGUCGUUUGGGGGUAACUAAAAUUGUUAUCUAGCACAGAGACAUAGUGCCCUAAUUGGCAACCACAUUGGCCAGUAGCUUGUCUGCUCUUUGGCCUGCUUCUCAUGUCAUGUUAAGCCAGUAUUAAAUCCUGGUUUAUUUAAACAAUGGUUUAUUGAACAAACUAGGCUCAAGUUAAAUGAUGAUCGGCAGUCAGUCAAACUAACUGUAAUUUGUUUCAGCAUAUUCUGUCCUCCUAUUCCACUUCUUGUCCUCAGUUGUCUCAACCUGACAUCCACUAAACCUUUGUGGUGCCCAACUGCUGACAUUGCCUCAUUUCCCUUUCCAUUGGUUGGCUGUGAGAGUGAUGGUGUGUCAAACAGUUACCCUUCCCCUUUGUUCCUCCAAGAAAUAUUCAUACUUUGUACCUUUAACACUUUUCAUUUUUCUCUGCAAUUGCACUUUUAUUUUUUGUUCUAUAACUGGCAUGCAGUACCAUGAAGUCAUGCUUUGAGUUUAGUAAGCAUUACUUGCUUUGGCACUAUUGCAUCUCAUUCUCUACCCAUUUCUUCUGUUGCUGGAGGGUUUCUUUUUUCUUUUUUUCUGGAAAGACUGCUUUUACUAAUUCACAUUUAAGUACUUUCAUUUUUUAGUUGUAAUAAAUGUCCAGACCUCAUAAGAACAUAGUUCAGAUCAUGAAAGAUCAACAUAGGAAAUGUUUAUUGGGACUAUUUGACAAAUUAAGGAAUGCAGUACAAUAUUAGAUCAUCACUCCCUGAACUUCAGAGCAUGGGAAGUCACCCAAAGAUAUAUAAUUUGGCAUGAUUGUUCAGCUUUUUUGAUUGUAUGAUAAUUUGGAAUGUUUUAAUGUGGUUUUUAUUGGAUUGUUAAAAUGGAAAAUUUAAUCAUUUUUAAAAAAGAACAUAGAUGAGAUCAGUGCUUUUUUUCUGGAAGGGAUGCAUACCCCUAAACAUUUUGUGAAUCUAAGUUUGGCUUCAUUGAGGGACAGUAUUUCAGUAUUAGUAGGAAAGUGAGAGUACCCCUAAACAUUUUUUUUUAGAAAAAAGCACUGGUUGAGAUUAGCAGUUUCUGUACUCAGUUGACAUUGACACUAUCUCAGAAAAGAUGCUGCUACCACUGCCCCUUAAGAGCCUGCUGGCAGUAGAGACCUUGGUGGUGUUUUGUGGACCACAUUGUGCCAGCCUUUGUCACUUGCUAGUCUGUAACACAGUAGUUCCUUGUUCUAAUUAUUUGCAUUUACCCAGAAUUUACACAUAGUCCUUGGAAGUGUCAUGGAGAUGGUCAGAUUAUGAGGAAACAGGGGAGGAAUUCAGGGAGUUCAAGCUGGAUAACCCUGGGGAGGGUCCUGGGAGGAUAGGGGAGGUGAACCCCAAAAAGUGUCUGAGCCCAGGCAGAGGCCGGUAAUCAAGGGAUUGGAGAGCUGCAUCCAGGGGAGAAACCAAGUGGUCUGGCAGAGGAGCUUUACGCUCCUGUGACACCAGGACCUCUAGUCAGAUCCCUCUUGCUGUGGAGUCAGCCCUGGCACUGUCUCCUUCAAGGGAGGAGGCAACUGAUGCUGAGCCAGCACCCAACCCUACCUCCAUCCCCACUGGUGAGGCACUGUUGUUGACAAACUUUGUAAGCCCAACCUAUUGAAGAAGUGCCUGUUUGCUUGCCCCAUCCCAGGACUAGGCUGGUCAUCAUGCUAAGUACUAUCCCUCACUGUCCCUCAACAGGAAGAUGCAGGGUAUGUGUCUUGGUUUACACUUAGCCGUGUGUCUAUACCUUUUAUGCAUCUGUUGUACCUUCUAACCCGCACCUUGCCUUUUUACCAUUCUGAUUUAUUGAUUAAAUAGCUCAUCAGAAACUGAACUAAGAGUUCAAGUUAUUCAUCAAGCAGUGAAGGUCAGGACAAGAAUCUUCUUUGUUUUUCUGAAAAUAAGAAUACAUUGCUAUACAAUGUAAAAUUGCACAAGAAAAUGUUUGUUAAACUUUAUUACCUUGUUUUGCUUCUCAAAAUGUUAAGCCUAGCAUCUACUGCUUUUCCUCACCAGCUAUUUCUGUCCCUGCACUUUUGCAACUCCUGUCUCCAUGCCAUGUCAUCACUGCUCUAAGAUAAUUCUUACAUUGCAUAAGUCAAGGACUUGCCAUCCCAUUUCCUUUAGCAGUCCUAGUGAGAACACCUUGGGGAAAGUCUAUGCACAUAGGUUUAGCAUGAAAAUAUGCAAAAUAGUUUCACACACACUCCACCUUCUUGGAGUUCUGUACUUCCCAAUUUGUUAUGUACAGGUGUAAUUUUUGUAGUUGUUUCAUUGUCUGCCUGGUAGUGAAUUAUAGCGCUGCUAAAAUAGUAAUUCCACAUUACUGAAAGUUAUGAAGAGCUAUAUGAGUUUGUCAUAGCACUAAAAUAAAUUCACAACAUCUGUGCUAUAUUAAGGAAUAUUAUAUAAAUAAUCCUCAAAAGUUGCAGGAUUAUAUUUGUCCUUGCUUUCUAUUAUUUUUAUCCUGCUGUUUAGCCUAAUAGCAUCACUGUGACUUAUAACCGAAUAAAACAACAUCAAAAUGUCACAGCAUCAUAAAAAUGGGAUCAAUGAUGUUGGGACCUACCAGUUUGGUCUGUGAACAGCAGAUAUGAGCAGGGCUACAAUUUGAAGCUGAUAAUUUCACUUUAAUGAGUUUACUGUGAGAAGGGAAUAGAAGAAUAAGCAAUUACUCUUUAAAAUGAAAUGUUUAACUUAAUAGCUGCUGUUGGAACUGCUGAGCGGAAACAUCAUCUUAUAUCCAUCUGUCAUGUAGCUGACUUGUUUGAUGACUUGAAUUCCUGAGUAAACUGGUGUAUCCAGGUAGUUCAUAUGUAUUUGUAUGUAUGUAUUUUUUUCUCAUGAGAUUUUAAUGGGUCUGUAGCAUGUUCUUGGAUUACAUGUAAAUGUGUGAGUGACACUGUCUUCAGAUUUUGAAGUUUAUCAGAAAAGCUUGAAGAAACUGGGGCAGUAAAGCACUUAGCAUUAUGUCUUGUGUGCUGGCCCUGUUUUAAAGAUUUUCUGAGAGUUUCUAGCAUAGCUUGCAAGGCCAAGAUGGAUUGUUUAAAUAAGGCUGCUGAUGUAUUCCAAUCUUCCUGUGGACAUGUUUACCUGCUAUUAACAUGGUAUCAAACUACAGUGUUUUGUGGGCAGUGGCCUCUUCAGUCUUCUGUGUGAAAAGCCAGGAUAGCCAGAUCAAGGUUUUAUAUCAUUGUAUCUACUGUAGUGUGUUGUAAUUUUGAUGGCAGAAGCUGAAAUCCAGAGAAGUACUUUGGGUUUACCCAGGGGUUUCUGCAUGUCCAGUGGAAUUCCUGACUUUCCCCCCCUUUGUACAACUGAACCUAAGUCAUAUCAUUACUCUCUAAUAGUGACCCUAAAGUGACCUCUAAUAGUGCUUGUAGAGCUAACACAACCUGGAAAUAUUUAUUUCUUCAAAUGCCAGUGGAAAUGAUUUUUGUGAUUGUAUGAAUAAGGCUUAUUCUGUAUCACAAACUGCUUAUCAAACUCCCUUCAGUUUCAGAGGAGAUUUUGUAGGGGGGAUGCUGUUGAGGAAACAUGUCUCUUGGUCAUGCAAAACUAGUCAUAAUAGUUUUCUGGGCUUAGGUGACUGGAAACAGUGUUCCUCGUACCUGUCACAAUUGUUCUUCAGUCAUAUUGAUGUCCUCAGUUUGUCAGGAAGAAUACUAAAAUAAUUAUUAAAAUAUUUAAAAGAGCAAAUGAAGAUUGUUUUUGACUGGACUCUGUGCAAAAUGUCCAGCUAGUGUAUAGUCAUGCUUCUUAACUUGGAGAAGGAAAGUGUGUUCAUGUCCUUACAGUUUUAUUAUACUUCUGACUUAAUCUUGCUUGUUAUGUUUCAUUGAAGACAUUUAAUUUCUAAAAAUAAAGAACAACCAUUAAUUCAAUUACAUUUUGCUUCAGUUUUUUAAUGACUGAAAGGGGAUUGUAUCUGACUAAAAUCAUAUGAGUAAAGCUGCUUUAAUCAUCUUAAUAUGAGAGUCAGAUACAAAUCAGAGCUUUUAGAGGGUCACAGAACUUCCUAAUUAUCGGUGCAUCAUGAAAUGCAUUUACCUACUACAUUAAUAUUGUUUCGUUUGUUAUUGUGUUAUACAUUUUUGUAUUUUUAUACUGUGAUCCUCAGAUGAAGGUUGGUAUAUAAAUUCAAUAAAUAAAUAAUACCACUUUUCUGCAAGUGUACUCAAAAUAAUAUGUAAUUCAAAAUAGUGGCAUACAAUCUUAUGGAUAUGAAACAAAAAGAAAAAGAAAUGAGAGAAAGAGGGAAAAUGUUCAUGUACCAAUCUUGCAUAGUGUUACAUAAUUGUUUUAAUGGCCAGGUGGAAUGGCUAGUGAGUGAGAUUGAGAACAUUCAUUACCUUCCUGUCCAGAUCAGUAAAUACAAUGAUUUGGUCUGACUGUAAAAUAAGAACGUAAUAAGAGCCUGCUGGAUCAGGUCAGUGGCCCAUUUUGUCCAGCAUCCUGUCUUCUCGCUGGCUGAUCAGAUGCCUGUUGGAAAACCUCAAGCAGGACCCGAGAACAAGAGCACUCUCCCUUCCUGUGGUUUCCAGCAACUAGUAUUCAGAAUCAUGACUGUGUCUGACUGUGGAAGUAGAGCAUAGCCAUCAUAGCUAGGAGCCACUGAAUUCCAUGGUUUAACUAUGUGGUAUGUAAAGAAAUACUUUCUGUCCUGAAUCCUCCAGCAUUCAGCUUCAUUGGAUGUCAGUGAGUUCUAGUGUUACGAGAGAGGGAGAAAUGUCCAUCCACGUCAUCUCUUACUUGCAUUUUCUCUAAAUUAAAAAGCCCCAGUGAUUCAACCUUUCCUCUUAGGGUGUUGCUUCAUCUCCUUUAUAAUCUCUCCAUCCCAUGUAAUCUGGGGAAUAGCUGCUGAUGGAAACUGUUCUGGGAGAGUUUUGACUGUGUGUAUGUGUGUGUUUUCUAGCAUUCAGAAUUUAUUUGGCAUCAAAAUCCCAACCCUAUAAUGAAAUUGAUUGUUGGAAGAGUCAUGAAAUGUCAAGGCUAACUUCUCUCUAACACUACUGUAAGAUCUUAGGAAGGCACUGUACAAUCCAGCUUUUGUUUAAAAGUACUUAAUAGAAACUCCUGCUAUCUUCUAGUGUGAUUGAAAUUGGUAGAAACCUUCUACUUCCAUUUUAGUAAAAUUUGCUUAUAAUGAUAGUGUAUAAAUGAAAAUGUAUUUUGAAUUAUACCACCUAUAUACUAGAUGGAAAUGGCAUAAUUAAUAUAAAGGUAAAGGGACCCCUGACCAUUAGGUCCAGUCGUGACUGACUCUGGGGUUGCGGCCCUCAUCUCGCUUUACUGGCCGAGGGAGCCGGCGUACAACUUCCGGGUCAUGUGGCCAGCAUGACUAAGCUGCUUCUGGUGAACCAGAGCAGCGCACGGAAACGCCGUUUACCUUCCCGUCGGAGCGGUACCUAUUUAUCUACUUGCACUUUUGAGGUGCUUUCGAACUGCUAGGUUGGCAGGAACUGGGACAGAGCAACGGUUCGUAGAGGGCCAUUAACAAUACAAGGGAACUCCUCCCCCGCUGCCUCAGGUGGGAGGUUGCCCGAGUAACUGCUCUUGGGGAGGGCAAGAGAUUUCUGGGAGCUCACCCCGUCGCGGGGAUUUGAACCGCCGACCUUCUGAUCGGCAAGUCCUAGGCUCUGUGGUUUAACCCACAACGGCACCCGCGUCCCUUUUAUAAUUAAUAUACAGUUAAUUAAAAAGGCAAGUGAUGGAAGAUAACCCGUUCAAGAUGUUCAAAGUUUGGAUUGAAUGUAAUCAGCUAGUUCAUACUGAAUUCUUAUUUGCAAGCCCUACAUUGCAUUCCUCUAGUAUUAGAGCGAUAACAGAUAACAGUUGUUGAUAUAUUUGGGUCAGUGCUUAAGAAUGCAAACCGUGCUUGGAAUGCAUUUGGAAAAGUCUUAAAGAUCUUCAUAUGUUUAGUACUAGAUACCGGUUAAUGUACACGAGCAUGUUGUCAUUACACAUGUGUCCGUUAUUCUGUAUGAUUUAACAGUUAAGCCCUUGCCAUUACUUCAGAAGGCACUCCAUUAUGGAUAUAUUGCUUUCCUGUUGCCUGAAUUCCAUCCACUCCUUAUUCUGACUAAUGAGUGAAUUGCUGUGUGAAAUUGACUAGAGUAGAAUGUUAAAAAUAAUGUAGCUUCUGAAGACUCUUCAGAUUGAAUUUAAAAGACAGGAGGCUGUGUGUGGGAAGCUGAAAAGAGACUCCAGAAUUAAGAGAGUUAGGAGAAAGGUGCCUGCUAGCUGUGAAAAAAGUCAAGAUCUGAUUUAAGAAUGAAUUGAGUCAGGAAUAGUUUUCAAUAAAUAAAGGCAACGACAUGAUGGAGGAGAAGCCAAGGAGAAACAAGCUAUUGCAAGAAUUAAGAUAGGGCCUACAUACAGUGCUUUUUUUCUGGGGGGACACAGGAGUACGCAUACCCAUAAACAUUUUGUGAAUCUAAGUUUGGCCUCAUUGAGGGGCAAUAUUUCAAUAUGAGUAGGAAAAUGAGAGUACCCCUAAACAUUUUUUUAGAAUAAAAGCACUUCCUACAUAUAAGGGCAUAUAGGGUCUACGGACAGGAAGAAAUUCAGCUGUUAGCAGCUUUGGAGCCUGUAUGUUUGUGUUCUAGGCCCAAGGAAGUAACACAGCCAGAGAGGCUGCGUUUGAAUUCAUAAAGAUUUGAAUUAAUUAAUUUUCACCAGUCUAUAUCUUAAAGCAUAUCUUUAACAACUGUAGGUUGAUUAUUUGUUAUCUGAAAGAUGGAAACUGCUCUCAUGAGGGUGUACCAUGAGAGUGUAUAGUAAAAAUGAAAUGCACAGGUGGAUAAAGGAAAAAAAACCUGCCCUAACAAACCUUCUAUUCUAAUGAUUUUGGAGAGCUUGAAAUUUAAAAGCACAUCUUGUUUCUUCUUAGUUAGUUGAAAGUAGAAUUUAUGGAAUGUUAAGGGUGGUACUAUCAUAAUGUUGUAACCAUACAAUUGUGGCACUGUAAGAAUAAACCUUGGCAACAUAGGUUUCGGAUAUUACUAUUGAAAUAUUUAUGACCUAAUAAAUGUUUUGGAAUUUUGCAUUGUCAAGACUGCAUAGUACAGAAUGUACAGAAUUUUGCUUUGUGUAGCUUGAAUGCAAGUAGAUGUGACAUUAAACCAGGAGUAACAAAUCCAUGGCCAUGUAUAUGGCCCCCAAACUUAUUUGACGCUUCUCAAGACCCCCCCAAAUUCAUUUGUUUAAUUUUAUAUAUCUUUAUUGACUGCUCCUGUGGGUCCCCCCACUGUAAUGUCAUGGUGUUAAUUGUGGUUUUUUGGGUGCUUUUGCCCUAAAGUCAUUGUCAGCAGAAGCAAGGCUGCAUGCCUAUCACUAUUUUAUUCAGCAGUGCUUCUGCAGGGUUCAAAAACCUUCAUUUGACGUUCUUCAUGUUUGUUUUUAAUUUGGCUGCUUCCGAUUAUAGUUGGAAAAUAGUGCAUCUCUUUGGAGCAGUGUACAACAGCUGAGACAUCUCUCGCGAAGCUAAAGCAGCAGAAUUCAAAACACAGUACAGUAGUUAUAAAUAACUUCAGCAACUUAAAAUACAUAUAUACACACACACUUUACAUAUAUUUCAUAAGCAUGUCGUCAUGCUAUAGUUUGACUGGCCUCGGACAGGUGGUACUGCAAGCUACAGUGAUGAGCUGUUGGGCCAUUGAGUGAGUGGUCGAGGAAAGGAGAAGGGAUCCAGAGGAUAUAUAUGCAGGUCCAGGUGAUACAGGUCCCGCUGAUGUGAGGAGGGAAGUAGUGGAUUGAGAUGCAGGCAGGUGAUUAGGGUAGUGGCCCAGGUGAAGCAAGGAGGGGAAGGAUCCAGAUGAUGCAGUAGUUAGCUGGUUCAGACAAGCCAUGGAGGUAUGGAGAGGUCUGAGCUAGUGGAAAGGGGGGGGGAGGCUGGCAGGGUUGUUGAGUAAACAUCCUAGGGUGUUUGUAUGAAUACUCAGAUCCUUUGUGUGUGUGUGUGUGUAUACACAUGCACAACACACAUACACUGUCACACAUGUAUUCAUAUACCUAUAUAUAUAUCUAGGUGGAGAUAAGCAUUUGGCAUUUUUAGUAACAGCACAUAUACCACAGUUUUAUAGAACAUAUUGUGUCAGUCACUUCUCUCCUAUCUUAGGCUUAUGAAAUCUAUUUAAAAUAUAUAUUCUGCAGCAGGGGUGGAGAAACUUUGUUGGUUGGUGAGCCAGGUAUCUUUGGCUGAUGUGUGGGGCCACCCAUCUGUAAAUCAUCUGAUGUCAUGAUGAUAUCCAGUGACUGAUAGGUGGGUGGGCAUGCAUGGGGGUGGGACAAAAUAGCACCCAGUAGGAUUGAAUCCUCUGCUCACCAACUGAUGAGCAAAUGAUUCAAAACUGCUGGUUGCAAGGGGUAUGCUUUGUCCCCAGCAGGAUUGAAUUGCACUCCCAGUCCAUCAGCUGACAUCACUUGUUAAUGCCAGCUGAUUGACAGGUGGGUGUAGGUUGGGGGAAAUGGACUUGUGUGCCAACUUGGACCCCUUGUGGGCCAGAGUUCCCCACCCUUGUUCUACUGCAAAAAGUGGUCUGUAGAGGCAGCUUCUAACAAUAUCAUAACACUUUAAAAAUAAAAUUGAAUGGUUGUUUAUAUUUGAAGACAAUUUCCCCCCUCUAAACACUGAAGAUACUUCAAAUAGUCCAAAAAGCUGUCAGUAUUCAUUUUCACAUUUGCACUGUCAUCUUUUAGAUUAGAGAGUUGCACAUUUUUUCAGUUGACUAUUAAAGGAUGUGUCUUGCUCAUUAUGAAACUAUUGAUCAAAUCACGAAGCCAAGAGCUAGGAAAAAUUACUGAAAAUUAUGUUGUGCAUUAAUUGUUGAUACAUGGCCUGUCUAGGAGUCUGGAGUGAUGAAGGAAAGAAUGGAUUAGGACUAUGGCAUCAAACAUACCAUGCUGGGGCAGGUGAAGGUUAAAGUUCUUGCCUCUGCUCUUGCCAAAAUAUACUGUCUUCUGCCCAGGCACUUAUACUCCACAACACCCCCCCCCAAGCUAUUGGAGACCAGUUGCUCAGUUUCCUCCCCCACCCCUUUACUCUAUUAUUGUGACCACAGGCUAUUGCCACAUGAUCAGAGAAAAGAUAGUCACACUGGUGAUCAAAUAUGUGGUGAUCUUGGGGUGCUGUUCCUGGACUAAGGUUUCACAAGAGUCUGACCAGGUGCUGUUCUUGGGUUUUUAGGUAUCUCAGGCAUUUUGUUAUUGUAGUGUUGAAAUGCCAGGCUUUCUUCCAAACAUACUGUUCUUGUUAGCAGAAUGUUCUCUUCAAAGCUAAAGAUUCAUUCCUCACUCACACGACUUACAAUCAUUUCAUUUUCCAUUUAGAGUAUUAAAGACUGAUAUACAUGAAGCAAAAGAUGCAAUAUUGUAGAAAUGCAAAAGCAGUUUAUAAAUAUAUAUUUAAUGUUUACUAAGAGUUGGGAUAGACAUCAUGGUGCCCAUCAGAUGAUGUUGCAGUUAUGUUGGCUGCAGGAGUUGCCGGAAGGUGUACAAGGGACUCCACUUUGGUUUGCUUAGGGUUUACUCCUUAGUGGAGGGAAUUGCAGGUUUUAGCAUCAGAUCAGCCACAGGUUGUAGUGACAUCCAAAGCCAGACAAACUAUGGGCAAUCGUAAAAAUGGUUUUCUGAACCAAGCAAAGUUCAAACAAUAAUUUCUGAAGAUGCUUUGUUUCGCUAACUAUAGUUAAGAUUAACCAUGGUUUAACAUUUGUACAACAUGUUAAACUGGUUAAGUGAAAACUGAAGCAAAAUAAUCUGAUGAUUUUGUGGCUAUGCUGGAAGACUAGAGUAUGGGGAUUAUGGAAUCCUGAGAUUUGACCAGCUCACACAGGUAAACCAUAGCUUAGUGUUGUGUUCAAGCAAGGUCAUUAUGUGUGUUAGAGCAGGGACGUCCAACUCCCAAUAGACUGCUAUCUACUCACAGUAUAAAAAACUGGCAGUGAGCUACCCAUUGUCGUUAGAUGGAUCAAUGUUGUUGAGCUUUUUUUUAGGGAGCGAAUGAAUGAAUGGAACAGAAUAUAUGAAUGAAUGAAACUGAAUGCGCAUUGUGAUAUACACAGAACAUAAUAAAAAGUUGAUUAAAUAAAACACACAGCUGAGGGUCCUGAAUCCGCAGUCAAAUAGUGGACCUUAAUCUGAUGGUCCACUUUUUUUGCUAGGAAGAAAAAGUUGCUGAGCUUUUUUUGGAAAGGCAAAGUUGUUAGCUUUUCUUAGGAAGCCAGAGUGGUUGAGCUUUUUUAAAAUUCUUUUUAAUUUUUUUAUUUUGGGAGGAAGGAGAACCCUGAGAGACCAGAGAUCUACCAGGAACACCCCGUGAUCUACCAGUAGAUUGUGAUCUACCUGUUGGACGUGCCUGUGCUAGAGGAUCAUGGAAUCAGUUUUAAUCAAGUGAAGGCUUUAAAGUGUUUUGUAUUGGAUUUAAUGAGUUUCUAAUAUAUCAUUGAGUGAUUAUCUCAGAGUCACCCCUGAAAAAGUAUCCAUCUUUAAGAGAGAAAGUUACAAAAAUAUUCCCAGGUUCCUUAGUUUAACUGAGCUGUACACGUUUUUCAUUCCAGUUAACAGCCAUUGAAAUUUUGAAAGAAACCGCUUCUCUAUAGCACUCAGAAACAUCUCCACAAGGGAGCACAGUCUUUGACUGACUUUUAGCUUGUUUCAAAACAAAGCAUUGAAUUCAAAGAGGCAUUGGAUUGAAGGUGGAUGAUAGGACCAAGGUUUUAAGAUACUGACUUAAGAGAGAUCUUUCUUCUGUAUAUAGUCAGAAUCUAGAACAUAUUUUCUCCAAGAUGAUCUAAAAACUUUAAAAUAGCCUGAGGUGAGAAACCUCUUCUUGUUCUAGGGUCCCCUGGAACUGGAUAAUGAGUUAUAUCCAUACUCAUUUACUCUGACUUUGACUAAUUGGAUAUUGCCCAGUCUUUUUGAUAUGUAUUCAUUUUUGUUCAAGUAAUGUUUCUCAGCUUGCCUUUAAGACUUUACAGAACAGUGUAUCUAUUAAUAGGCUGUGCAUUUUUAUAUGGCAUGAAAAUUUUAACAGUUGUGGUUCAUUUUUUUGAAUGCAGGCCACAUGGAAGUGGCAAAGAAAGAAGAAUUCUAAUGCAUUGUGUUGAUAUAUGUGCAGAAGUAGCAUUAAAUUGGCAUGAACUAUUUUUAUCUUUUUGUUUCCAGCCUUGAAACCAACUUUAGCCAUUACUUUUCAAGUAAACUCAACUUUACAUUUUCACUUUAUUUUACUUUUUCCAGUCAAAAUGUUAUGGCCAGAAACUGCUGACAGAAGUAUUUAAUCGGUUGAAUUUGGUUGAAUCGGACUACUUUGGAAUUGAAUUCCAGAACAUGCAGUCAUAUUGGGUAUGUAAUAUGUUUUUAUCUGACUAUAAACACCUUUAAAUAGAUGUGUUUUCAACUUUGUUUUUAAAGGAAGACAUUUGGUAGUUCUACUCUGGUUAAAUUUGCACAAAAAUUCCUUUAAUGUAGGAGAAAAAGGAUUGUAUUACAGGUAAGCAAAGCUGCACCAUAGUGAUGCAGCUGCAGUUGUUUCAAAUAAUAACCCUACACAGUUUUGUUGAAUGCUCUUUUUUGGUCCUUCCAUUUUUAAAACAAGCACUACCUACUUUGCUUAUUAUGGAGCUCUCUUAAUUUGAGUGUUUAGUUCCUUUUCAAUGAAUUUUAUUAGUUUUUGCUAUGAUUCAAACAGAACGGUGUUUCAAGAAAAGACACCAAACCACUUGAUUAGCAUUUUUAGAGUUGAAAUGGAGUGCUGUAUAAAUUGGAAUCUCGUUUCUACUGAGUAGCAUUUGUACUGUAUUUUUUGACAUAGAAUCAAGAUGUUGUGCUACAAGGGAUAAAAGUAAAACGUAGAUCAAACAAAGCUGUUUAAGAAGUCCAUGACUGGGAUCAAGUAAUAUAACCUUGAGCAAUGAAACAGGCCUGACAAUACCUAUGACACAAAUGGCAUAAGGCUUGAUGUGAAGUCAACUAGACAUGUGCUGGAGUGCACCAUUGCACAUGUUGUGUGUCAGUGAAGUUGCAUGGACUACAGUGGCUAUCCCAAUCCAUAUACUGCCAUAACUGGGUAAAGGCACUGCUAGCCACAGAAUUCACUUGGACCUCUAAUGACAAAGGUUUAUCUAAACUACAUACCUGAUUGUUCAGAGAGAGUGCAGUAUCUUCAGGAUGUAAGUACAGUGGUGCCCCGCAAGACGAAUGCCUCGCAAGACGGAAAAACCGCUAGACGAAAGGGUUUUCCGUUUUGAAGUUGCUUCGCAGGACGAAUUCCCCUAUGGGCUUGCUUCGCAAGACGAAAAUACCUUGCGAGUCUUGAGAUUUUUUUUUCGCUUUCCCCCCCCUUUAUCUAAUCUGCUAAGCCUUUAAUAGCCUUUUAGCAGCUAAUCCCCUAAGCCUUUAAGCCUUUAAUAGCCGCUAAACCGCUAAUAGCGCUAAUAGCGCUAAUCCGUCAAUGGGCUUGCUUCGCAAGACGAAAAAACCGCUAGACGAAGACUCUCGCGGAACGGAUUAAUUUCGUCUUGCGAGGCACCACUGUACCUACCCACAGAGCCUCUUUCUUACCAGGUUUCAAACUCAGUUUGUUGGCCCUUAUCCAGUCCACCACUGCAUUCAGUCAUAGAUCCAGGACUUGCACAGCCUUACUUGAUCCAGAUGUUAAGGAGGUGUAGUAGAUAUAGAUGUUAAAUAGCACUGGGGACCAAAUUGUGCCUUGCAGAAUCACAUAACACAAGUGCAGGAGGCCAUAGAACAGUGUUGUCCCACUGUUACACUCUGAACUCACCCACAUAGGUAGUAACAGUGCUACUGUAAUACAUUGCCUCCUAUACUGAUCCUGAACAGUUGAUGUAGGAAGAUAUGGUCAGUGGGGUCAAAAACCACUGAGAGAUCAAGUAAUCGUAACAGUGUUGCAUUUUCGCCGUCCCUCUUCUGAGGGUGACAAAGACUGAUUCAAUCAUGAAACCAGGCCUGAACCCAGAUUGAAUUGAAUCUAGACAUUCAGUGUACUCAAACAACACUUGCCUGAUGUACUUCAUUUGAUGGCAGAAUUUGCAUAUUUAGAUGUAGAGUUCUAUCUAGACCUUUGGCAAAAAAACUGUUUUUUUCUCAGUGGAUAAAAAAAAAAUUUGACAUUAUUUUUGAAGUUUGCAUGAAUAAAUGCAUUCAUAUACUUGAAAGGAAUUUCAAGUCAUUCAUUCUAAUCUUUGCCCUCUAGCUUUAUUAUCUUGGGCAGAUUUCAUUCAGUCUCCUCACUGAAACCUCCAGAAAGAGUUGCCAUAAGUUUCUUGGGCAAGGGACUUUGUUGCACAAGCAUUAGUGUAAAUGAAUUUUCCUGUGAUCCUUCCAAAAGGUGCUCUGCCAUAACUAGAACUCAGUGCUUUUCCUUCAUUCGCUUCAGGAAACUUUUUUCUUUCUGCAACUUUUUCCACUAUAUUUUUCACUGUCUAUGUAUAGACAUUUUGAGGUUUAUUCCUUUAGCUAAAACAUUUGUUUAACUGAAAUGGGGGUGUAGGGAAGUAUUGGUUUACAGGUGCUAGAAUUAUUUUAGCUGUGUGGUUUUAUUUACUGCUGCAGUGUUUGCUUAAUUAUUUACCUAAACCCUUUUUUCCUUGUUCAGAUUUGGCUUGAGCCUAUGAAACCUAUAAUUAAACAAAUACGAAGUAAGUAUAUGUGCUAUUUAUAUAUACUAUGCUACUUUAUUAAGCAGGAAUUUGAUUGCCUGACUUUCUGCAUCCUGGUACCCUCCAGAAGUUUUGGGCUACAGCUCUCAUCAUUCCCAGCUAUCAUGGUCAAUGGUGAAGAUGAUAGGGAUUUCAGUCCAAGACAUAUGAAGGACACAGACCGUUCUAGAGAUUUGAAGCAAAUGAAGAUAAUCUGUUUCGCAUGACACACAGGUUCACUUAAUCAAUGGAAUUGGAGAACAUUCAUAUGGAAAACACAAAAAAUGAAGUUUUUUUAAAGCAACUUUACAAAGUUACAUUCCCACUGGGUCAUUCAGCAAUUCAAAUGCUUUGUUUUUAGAAGGUUUUGUUAAUUAGUUUUAUCCUGCUUUUCUGUUUCAAUAAUAAAAUGACUUGUAUAAAAAAUAAAAAUACAACAAAAGUAAACAAAACAUUUUAAAAUGCUUUAAUUAACAGAGAAUGCACCUGUUCCACAGAUCAACAUUUGUUUUCUGGCCGCAAUUUCCUUAGAAUUUGGAUCACUUUAGGAGCUUCAUGAGGUCCUAUUUCAGUUUUUGAUUAUGCCAACUUCCCACAUUCAUUCAGACCAUUUUACUGUUCUUUGAUGUUCUUGUAUUAUUUUGGCUCCCAGUUUUGCCACAAUCCCUUUAACCCCUUUCCUUCCACCAUUUAGUAGUUUUCAACAGCUACCUACCACUGGCACUUUAGCAAGUAUAGGUUCCUGUCCUGUAUUUCAGAUCUCUUGCUUAGGGUGUAUAUUACAACCAUGUUUCAGAAUUAUGUUGGUAUACUUGUUUGGUUGAGUUACUGUAUUUAAGUUGAAAUGUUCAUGAUCCAUUCAAUAAAUGCCUAAUUCCUAUUACCUCACUUUUGAGAGUUGGCAAUUGGUAUUCAAAUUCAAUGUUUCAACUAUAAAGGUAAAAGUUAAUAGAAUGCAUUGGUUUUAUUUUAGGACCAAAGAAUGCAUUGCUUCGUCUAGCAGUAAAGUUUUUUCCUCCUGACCCUGGUCAGCUGCAAGAGGAGUACACCAGGUAAACAAUGUGGCACUAUUAAUUCCACAAUAAUUUACAAUGGAAGUAGGAAAGAAGGAUUAAUGAAUUAUCUUUAAACUCAAAAGACCUGUGAAUUCACUGCCAGAGUUGGUAUGUGUGUGUAGCCUUGAAUGACAGCAAGUUUUACCUGAUCUAAUCAAGUGGCAGUGAAGCUGCUUCAGCUGUGUGCAAAGAGGAUAUACUUGCCAAGGAUGUGUUCAAAAUGUCUGUGUUUAAAAAUUGUCUCAAGAGAUAAAGAACUUGCUUGGCUACUUGGUGCAGUGGUUUCAGGCUGUUAUCCUGACCUGUGCAUAUUUACAUGGGAGUAAAGCCCAUUAAACACAACAGGUACACUGGUAUGGUAGUUUACAAAUACUGGGACUGGUUCUUCAGGGUAGCAAGACAUAUUUCUCUUAGUUGCCUUUGGAUGUUAUGAAUUUCAGGAUUGUUUAUCUGAUAUUUCUCAUUCUGUUCCGAACUGCUGUACCAUUUGGUUGUGUUCUCUUGUGUGCAUGCUUUGAGUUGAAAGUACAUAUGAAUGGUGUCUCCUAUGUUCUUAAUGAGUCUCAUUGAAGCCUUCCUCUUGCAGAUCUACUCAACUCCAGCCCUUACAUACCUGUUUUUCUGCCAAAUUGUGCCAUUUGUGUUUCCUAUAUUGUCUACUUCAGCCCACCUACAUACCUUUCCAUCAGUGAUUCUGUGCUUGUCAGUUUUUCUAUUCAGCUGUGAUUUUUGAGUUUCUGCUAAAACUACUUGCUGCCUUUUUCUGUUGUUUGCACUCCUCCUUUCCUAAAUGACUGCCGUUGAUGGCUGCAGGGUAUACUGGAUAUGUUGCUAUAUUUGAAAAAGUAUCUAUUUCAUAGUUUCUCCUAAGUCAUAGGAAAUGGGAGAGGAUGCAUGUUCUAUCAUGCUCUGUGGAGGAUUGUACCUGAAGAAAUAAUAGCAUCACAAAAUUAUUAAAAUAGACUUUGAAAAACUUAAAUAUGUUGCUUAACUAGAAAGCUUUUGGGGGGCGGGGUUCUUCAGGACAUGAGUCAGUCACAGGGAAGCUAGUAGGUAGAGAGGGUUGUGACAGUAGCAAGAGCUAUAGCUGAACCUCACAUUUGAACAAGUCUUAGCCACAUUUGAUACAAAGCCUGCCAGUCUUAGAGGUAGUGCAGUUGUAUGUUGCUUGGUGACAGCAUAUAUCUCGGCUAGCAACAGCUGGUGAUCUGAUGUGGUAGUAGUAAAUACCUGUCACUAAGCAGGCUGGCGGUAUGAGGGGAGAGGAGACAAUGCUAUAUUACUACUCUUAGUUAUCACUCAGACAUUGCCUUCAAUGUUAGCAUUGUGCAUAUAUGCAGCUACUAACUGGCCUGUAGUACUCCUGCCUGGGCCAUUUUUCAUUUCCUGCUGCUAAACAGCUAGUAAAAUGGACAAAAUAUGAUACUAUUGAUUUCCCUCCCUUUAGGUAUCUAUUUGCAUUGCAAAUCAAGAGAGAUCUAGCUGAGGAACGCCUUACCUGCAACGACAAUACAGCAGCACUCCUCAUCUCUCACCUUCUGCAGUGUUAGUAUCUAAUGUCACUUAUAUAUUGAGCACACAGAUGCAAAGAAUCCAUUCAGCUUCUCUACAGUUUCCUUCAUCAGUAAUUAUUUUGCUUCUUUGUCAUCCAGCAGUUACAACACCUUCCGUGGUUAGUUUCCUGCUUCUGUUAUAGUUGCUUCCAGAAGCCAUUUUUGAUUAACAUAAUUGAUUUGCACUUGUGUUGCUCAUUAACCAUGCAAGCAUCUACUUGGACUUUCUUGGGCUCUUUUGAAUCUGAUAUAAAUGCCAUUUACAAAGAGGGGGAAAACAUAGGAGGCAUACAUUCUGUUUCAAUAUCUGUUAUCAUGCUUUCAGUAAGCCUUCAUACAUUCUGAAUAAUGUUCCCCUUUUCUGUCUUAUCAGCUUGCUUUUAGAAGUUUAGUUUUUAAAAAAAGUUAAAUGUGCCUAUGUCGAAUCUCCAUGGGAACUUAACUACUCACACAUAUGUUGAUUCUGAUAGCACAGGAACAUUGAAUUUUCCCUUUUCCCGACACCCCUCCCCUCAUGAAACAGAUCCGUCUAUUAGGUCUUACCAAAGUCCAUUUUGUGAAUCUGGUGGGUGCCAGUCAUCAGGGUGAUCAUUUGAAAACUUUAUAAAGGGGUACCAAAUCUCGUCAUUUGCAUCCCAUAUAUACUAUUGAGAACCAAUGGUUAUUGUAAGAUGAAGAUACCUUCAAGGAUCCAUUUGCAAACUUUAUGGAACAAUUGCAAUAGUGCAGCAAUAUUUUCUUUCAAAUAUAUUUUUCUCUUCUAUCACAGCUGAGUUAGGAGAUUUUGAUGAAUCUGGGGACCAAGAGCAUCUUAAAAACAACCGGUACUUUCCAAACCAAGAAAGACUGCAAGGAAAAAUACUUGAAUUUCACAAGAAGCACAUGUAAGUGUAAAUGAAUGUUUAAUUUCUGGUAUUCAACAUAGCACUAUUUGUUGCUGCUAUUGAUAACAAAAUAAGAUUGUCUAUAUCUCUCAUUAACCAUAAGCUAUUUCACCUAUACCUUCGUAGUAACGCUAGAAGGAGAAUUUAGUUGUGUUGGCUAGGUGACCUGUUGGUCCUAAAAGCAAGAAAAUUUGUUUGUGGCAUGAAAUUUGACUCUUACAAUUUACUUGCAGAGUGGUAUAAUAUGCCCAAAUUUGAGAAGAAUCCAUUGACAAAUGUCAGGACUACAAAUCUUUAAAAAUGUUGCUUUUAGAGGUUCCACAUUUCUGACCAUGUUCAUGCUCAGUGCAAACAAACAUCUUAAAUUAUUUCUUUUGAUUGCUUAGACAGUGAAAAAAUCAAGGAAAAGACAGAAGUCUUCACCUCACUUUUCUUUUGAAAACCUUGUUUCUAAGUUCUAUUUUUAAAAAGUAAUGUAAAUGCGAGGUUGUCCAAUACAUACUCCACGGGGCUUUUGAGUACAGAAGCAGAAAGGGGAAGUGCUAGCAAAUCAGUACAGUAUAUGCUUGAUUGGCAGGUAGACUUUCCACGGUGGAGUCUUGUCCCAAAGGUGAAAUAUAUCUCACUCCACUGAGUAGGUUUGCAGCAGAAGUUGUAAGUUAAGACUAUAAGCUGGGCAGCUUUCCCUCAAAGUAGGAGUUUGGUGUUGGUCCAUUGAUUUUCAGUGGGUCUACUCGUAGAAUGACAUAGAUGGAUAGAAUCGUUACAUUUAUUUAAUACUCUUCCUUAUUGUACCACGUAAUCAUUUAAUCUGCUCUUUUAUUCUUACAAUGGUAUUUGAAGCUUUCUUGAAUAGAAAUGAAAUUUAAGAAGAACCGAUUUCAUGGGGUUUAAGCAUAAUGUUUUCCUCAAUGUUUUCUCCUUUAAUAGGAUAUCAUUUUGAAUCAAGAUGGUGGAAUAAACCUUUCAAAAUAGCACUGAUUUUAAACACAUAUUUCAAAACUGCACUGAUUUUUUUGUUUCUUAGAAAUCCCAAACAAUGGGUAUGAGGCUGCUACAUUAUCAUAAUGGUCACUGAAAACAAACCUUAAUCCAAUUAUCAGUGCAAUUUAAUGUAUUUUGUUCUCUGUGCUUAACAUAAAAUAUAUUUUAUUGUGGACACAGCACAGCAAAAUUCUCUGUGUAAACAGGAGACUUCCAACUUCAUGUUCCUCUUAUAGUGCUAAUGCAAAGGUUGAGCAAUCAGCAGAUGUGUAGCGUUCUCUGUGUGUUGAUUCUUUCCUACAAACUGGAUAUUAAAUCCCCCACAAGGCUAGGUUUCAGAACCAUAAAUGAGUCCUAACUAAGGGGAAAGUAACCCAGUGAGACAGCAUUUGCAACAUAUAAUUAGUGUACAUGUGAGGGGUUAACUACCCCUCCCUUCUACCAGUUCUCUAAAAGUGUUCUCUACUCCAUCACUAUUUCGCCUGCCAUUGGCAAGUAUAUGAUUGGAACUAUGUUUUUCAAUCUUGCUUGGGCCUUAUGAAUGCCAAUGUAGCAAUUAUACUUUGUUCACUUAUGCAGUUUACAAAUUAAUGUAAAGUUAUCCAAGUUAAAAGCAGCAGAAUUGGCCAAUUAACAAUGCCUAAUGGCCUUUCCAAAGUAUUGUACAGUAUCUUACCACAUUUAUGUAGUUUGACCCUAAUUUAUUGGUGAAUAUUGCAAUUACGUUGAAAUAUUUAUUGUCCGUGCAAGGUCAGAACUUUUUUUUAAAAAAACAACCAAAAAAUCCUAGAAACAACUGCAGGAAUAUAUUUAUUGUUGAGAAAAUUCUGUAAAUUGGCUGUUCACUGGUUGUAGGAUGGCUAAGCGGAUUGAUCUGCUUAGCAGAUAACAAAAUUAGACCAGAUUGUUUUCAGGCCAGUCUGUGAGGCUUAGUCGACUGAAAACAUCUGAAGAUAAUUACUCACUGUGCUUUACCCUUGUAAACAUUUGCUUGCAUAGGGUAAAUCACUUGGCAUAAUUACUGGUUUUUCUCACGUCAGAAAUAAAGUAUCUUCUGUAGGUGGAAAACUGAACGUUGAUCAGUUUUUUUUAGGCAAACAUUUAUUCAGGGUAUUCUUCUGGUCACUAGAAUAGCAUAGAAAUGUUGGCCAUUUUAAUCUGUAAUAAAUAUAUCUAUAAUCUGUGUGCAUGAGCCUGUGGCUUACAUGACCCCUUCUCCACUUUUGUGUGAUGGAGGGAGGAGAUACAGGGAGUAGAAGGCAACAAGCAAUCUGUAACAGCCGUGACUGUUGAUCCCCCAAACAGGCAGAGGAACCACAGCUUGGGAGGAUUGUUUGCAUUUUCAGGACUGCUACUACCCAAGGUGUUAGUGAAUUGACCUAGCAUGUUGCAGAGGGUCCUAACACCACUUGCACAAAACAGUGGCACAUCUACACCAUACAUUUAAAACACAAUCAGCACACAUUUAAAGCAUAUCAUGUCCCCCAAAGAAUCCUGGGAAUCAAAGUUUGUUAAAGGUGCUGGGAAUUGUAGCUAUGUGAGGGGGAAACUACCGUCCCCAGGAUUCUUUGGAUGAAAUCAUGCACUUUGAAUGUGUGUUAGAUAUUCUUUAAAUUCAUAAUGGGGAUCUGCCCUUGUACUAGGAUAAUACAGUCGUUCUCAUUCAGAAGGCAGACUUGAGCGCAACUGUUAAGGAUUGACACCUAUCAACUGCAGAUAAUGGGUGGGUGUGAAAACCACCAGGAACCAGUUGUCUAUAUACAAAAACACAGUCAACUGAUGCUAUUGUAAUGCAUCUGUCUUGAACAUUGCAAAGCUGUUUGGGCUUGCCUGCUUACUGACUUGCUCUCAUGUUUUCAAACAAAGAGAGAUUAGAUGUUGGCAUAUCUUUUACAAAAUUAUGGAAUACGUAGCAUUUUGCAUUUAAAAUUAUGAAAUACAGGGCAUAUUAAGGAUACACUUGUUUUAAAGAAUAAUUAAAUGUCUCUGAGUUUGAUUAUGACUUCAACUAGAUUGCCAUUUGUUCUUCCAUUUGUAACAUAUUUUUAUGCUAGUUGAUUUUUCUCUUUUGGUCUGGCACAGUAAACCUGAAUAACUCUGAAGCUUAGUGACUGCUUACUAAUAUGGAUAUGAUCUCAUUAAACUUGUUGAACUAUAUUGGAGUCUUUUUCCUGUUUCAUAUCUUUGGAUAGUAUUAUAAGUAAUUAAUAAUAUUUUCAAUUUUGCUAACACAGGGGCCAAACUCCAGCUGAAUCAGAUUUCCAGGUGCUUGAAAUAGCUCGCAAGUUGGAGAUGUAUGGCAUGAGAUUUCAUCUGGCAUCUGACCGUGAGGGAACAAAAAUUAAUUUGGCUGUAUCAAACAUGGGCGUACUGGUAUUCCAGGUAGGAAAACAGUAUUUAACGUGAGAAACUUUUUGUAGUUAUGCAGACAGAAGACUUUAAACCCAGAGAAUAGACCCAUAUGCCUGCUUUAGAGCAUGUAGCAAUUGAUUCUGAAUGAAUGGCUACCACAUCCUUACUACAACAGUCUUUGCAGUCCCAAUAGACAAUAUGAUGUUUGCAGAUGCCUUUGUGGCAGCAGCACUCUUCAUCAAACCCAGAUGGGAUUAGUAGGGCUCCAUUGCAGCAGCUUCUUCUUUGAGACUAAUGGGAGCGUUUGUAAUACUGCCUUCAUUACGCUGGCUUGGGCUCAUGGGAGUUGUAGUCCAAAUGUAGUAGUAGUUCUAAUAAAUCUGUUACCCACCUUUCACCAGCAGGUCCUAGGGCGGGUUACAACAAUUUAACUUUCAGAAUUAAAAACAGUUAAAACAGGUUGCAAUCACAGGAAUAGUGUGGAUCCUGAAAAGACCUAUCUCAAAUGUCAAAGGCCAGAGUAGCAAGGUCAGGGAGGGCUGCUUUCAGAACUAGAGGUUCUUUUAACAGCUUGUUGUUUUAAAUUAUCAGUUAUCUGAUCCAGACGAUAUGAUUUAGAUAGAAAAAAGGUUUGACAGUAUAAGUCUAUAACUUAUGUUCUGUUUAAAUCCUGUGUAUAAUAUACCUCAGUUAUUUUAUAUUGAAUUGAACACAGGGUAAUACAAAAAUCAAUACUUUCAACUGGUCCAAAGUCCGAAAAAUAAGCUUCAAAAGAAAACGAUUCCUUAUCAAGCUUCAUCCAGAAGUUCAUGUAAGUACUUCCAUUAUAAUGUCACUUCUACAGUUUCAAGCAUGACUUAAAUAUGAAAUGACGUUCAUACAGUAUUCAGUACUGUUAAUGCCUGAAAACAAGGUUCAUAGGUAAUAGCACUAUGAUAAAAGCAUGUUAGUAAAACCCGUAUUCCAUUAAAGUCUGAAUUCUGACUUGUCUUUCAAAGGAGCCCAUGUGGGCAUCUGAAGGGGGGGGGGGAGUUUAAAAGGAGUCUUCACACUUGUAAAAGUUGGGAACCACUGCUCUAGAGCAUGUUCUCGAGACCUACAUUGAACCAUGAUAUUAAAAAAUAUGCCCCUGGACCCUAGAAUAUGUAUUUUGUCUAUUUUUGGGAAAGAUGAUGAGGAUCUUAUAUGUAAACAGUUAAUUGUAUAAUUUGUAGCCACUUGAUUAGUUAUUACACAGGAAAGAUGCUUCAUGAUGUACCCUAGAUAACUGGUUCAAGAAAGUUAAUGUUCAUUGCCAUCUCGGAAAAAAAUGAUGGGAUAUUGAAGCCAUUGAGAGUGAUGUUGAUCCUUCUGAUUUCACCUCUGGAGGUUAUUUAUGGAGGGAGGUUAUUGGGUUGUUCUUGCUUUUAUUUUGAUUAUGUAUUCUGUGUUUUUAUAUUGUGACAUUAUCCUGUGAACUGCCCUGAGACCUGCGGGUAUAGGAAUUACUAUUAUUAUUGACAUCCCAGUCACAUGGGUUGCAAAUCCCUUUGAAAUAAGAUUUUAUUGGGUGGCUUCUAUAGACAGGCAAGACCUUUUUCUUUAUUCCCAUUUCCUUCAUUGUACAAUGUAAGUUGUGUUUUUCUACCCCAUUUACAAUUUUAUAAUCGAAUCCAUUAUAUUCACUCCUGAUUUUUUCUUUUUCUUUUGACGUUAUUAUCAAAAGCUCCUUGUCUUGAAUAUAUAUUAUUUGUUGUUAUUUUUUGUUUUUCUCUUCACUUCUAUCAUCUAUUUUUGUUGAAUAAAGUUUUAUUAAAUAUUUUCUCAUUGUAACCUUAAAUGUGUAGAGGUAGCAUGAUAAAGACCCAUUGUGUUUCAUUUCUAGGGUCCAUAUCAAGACACUCUGGAGUUUCUUUUGGGAAGUAGAGAUGAGUGCAAGAACUUCUGGAAAAUAUGUGUUGAAUAUCACACUUUCUUCAGGCUAUUUGAUCAGCCAAAACCAAAGUCAAAAGCAGUCUUUUUCAGCAGAGGGUCAUCUUUCAGAUACAGGUAUGAUAUAACCCAGUUCAUUUUGAUCCAAGAAAAUGGAACCAAGAAAAACUUUGGAAGUAAUUCCUUUUAAAUUAAAGGUUUAGGAUCUUUAUUUCUUGAGUACAAGAAGCCCAGAAUUUUAUGUACUUUUCCUGGAGAUUUUUUUGUAACAUUCACAUUUAUUUCUUCACAGUGGGCGUACACAGAAACAAUUGGUGGAUUAUGUUAAAGAAAGUGGGUUGAAAAAAAUCCCAUAUGAAAGGUAACAAGCUCUUUUAUAUAAGCAAAGAGUCUUUGAUGUUCUUAUUUUGUAACUUCCUUAGUCUAGUCUACAAUAAUGAAAGGCCUUUUUUCCUAGAGAUUGUAAACUGUUAAAGUAUUAUUUGACAUUUUUAUAUUUCAAAUUUAAUUAAUUAAAAUGCUUAGAUACUUGACACUGGGAAUUAUAUUGAGUAGGAAGGAGCUGAAAUUGACAAACCAUUUAACAUGUUUCAAAUUCAGAAAAGUGAUUUGAUUGAAUGGCAUGAAAAUAUGUUGGCUUAAACUUCACUUUCCUUCACAUAGUGCCAACUGGAGACAUGUAGUCUUUUUUUUGUUCCAAUGUUGUAAACCAUCUUGCAUUUGCUCAUUGUUAUACUUACCAGAUGGUAUCCAGAGCUUCCCUUUUGCUGACAAAAAAGCAUCCGUCAGCAGAACAGGGAGGGAGAUGAUUUCUGGUCAUUCUUCUUCCAUUCUGCAGCCCCCUGCAAACCCCAAAAUUGGCUAUUGAGAGUUUGGAGAGGUGUACCAGAUCUUGAGAAUCUGGACCACAUGAAUAAACAUUUUAAGCAUUUUUUUGAAUGUUAAAAAUGUGUCCUAUCCUGGAUUUGUAUUUUAGAUAUUUGUGUUGAAACUUACAGAAUAUGGAAAUACAUUUUUGCAGCUUUGCUCUUUCUCUAGUUAAAGUUAUAAUUCACAGUCACUGUGUCUAACAGAUACAAUUAUCCAUGAAUGACAAAAUUCUGAGGCUCGUUGAUUUAUUACUAUUAAUCUUUAUCACACCUAGCAGCCUUAUGAAGUAGGUUAUGCUUCAGGAAUAGCUUCUUACUGAAGGCCCCCUGUUUGCUUUCUGUAUAUAGCUAAUGAAGUGAUCAGGGUAUCACAGCAUAUUCUUUCUUUACAGGAGGCAUAGUAAAACUAGAAUGUCUGCUCACACCUUGCAUGCUGAUACACCCAAACAGGUUAGUCUUGAUAUUAACCUGUUUUGAAUUAUCAGAAAGAUUAUGAAACUCAGCCUUUUCAUACUAAAGCAUGAAUGACGUCUGCAUUUAAAAUUAUAUAUAUAUUUUCAAUCAUUGCUCUGUUCAGCCUUGUCCAAUUCUGGUAGUAAUGUUAAAUAUGUGUGUACUGUUGAAUCAACUUCGGAGUUUUUCAGCUUGUACAGGAAAACAAUUUUUCCUGAGUGUUUGCCCGGGGAAUUUUUAGCUUUUUUCUUUUGAAUGGCAGAGCUCCGUGCCACAUCGCAAACUGCAUAUAAAACCUACUUGCAAAGGAAAUUUGCUACAUGGAAUAUAGAUGGGUGGGUGGGGGCACCAUUCUAAAAGCAUGAAUCUUAUUUUGGGCACAUGGAACAGUGCAGUUCUUUGGAUCCAGAUCAAUAUUUGGUCCUAAAUAAUUCAUAUAUCUUUAUCAGCCAGGAGCUGUAGUUCAUUAUCAAUAUGAUUUACCAGUGUAUAGAAAAUAAAUCUCCAUACUGUUGCAAUAACAAAAACUUUUCUAUAGAUGCCAUUUCAGAGUGUCAAGAUUUCAUGCAUAAUUACUGUUACAGUUAACACAGUCAUAUAAUGAAUCAACUUUCUCUGGUCCCAAAUCCAGAAUUCUAAACCAACAUAGUGCUCUUAUGUAGACCUUAGGAGGAAGAGUUAUCUGUAAGAAAUCCAGGGCCAGUUUUCUCCAUUCAUCUGCUCCAAACAUUAUAUCUGGAAAGCAUCAUUAGUCAUACUAUGAAGAGUUCAUUCAUCCUCAAUUUAAUAUAAUAAAGAUACAUCACCUCACAAUAAUUCCCUCUGCCAUUUUAUAAAGACCAAACAGGGCCACUUCUACAUAAAAGAAUAAAGGAAUGAAUGCAAAACAGACAUGAAAAAUCUAGAGAAACCAGUGAGUGAUCAAUACAAUCUGCCCAUGUCUAAUAGUCACAUACUGCAUGUAUCCUUCCACCAUAUCUGAAGAAAUAGGCGUUCAAGGCUCAAGACUCAAUGAAAUGGUUACCUUUAAAAAGUUGGCACAAUAUGCUUUUUUCUAAAAUUAAUACAAAUCAUGGAUGACUGAACACUUGAGCCAGAUUUAAAAUGCCAUAGAUAGAGCAGAGGGCACCGAUUCACCCACCUUUGUCAUGUGGUAGUGUCUCUCACACUGAAAAUGGGCAAGGAUGAGUCCCACAGUCUUCACAGUCAAGUCAUCUCGGUAAAAUUCAUGAACUUGUAAACAUGUUUAUCUGUAAAUUCAAGUGGACAUGGUUAGAUGUAUCCUAAAACAGAUUGUCUAAUAGCUUCCUCUCUUGUUUUUCUCCUCAGAGUGCCUCAUUUACAGAUGGAUUAAGAACCUCUGGGCCUAAUGCAUGUACAUAUGCCUCCUUUCAUUCGGAUAAUGCGUUAGCCACAAACAUUGCCAGCUUGCCCACUUUCACAGAGAGCAAGCCUUUAUUUUUGGAGCCCAGAAUAUCCCAUACAAGGAGCUUGGCCGCGGAUGCAAAUAGUGGGACAUCAGAAGAAACUGGGAAGAAAGUGAUACAGCAGCCUGGAUCACCAGUACUCCAGUCAUUCCAAGGUGUUGGGCUUUGUAAAGUUGCAGAAAACUGCACCCCCACUUGUACUGAUGUUGAGAGUAGCUGUGGUUUAGGUGUAGCAGUAGAAGGUAGGAUUACUUGUAAAAAUGACAAUUACGUGGAUGACUUUACCACAGGUAUGGCCAUUGCUGCUAAACAGCAUCUGCCUCAAGGUAGGGGUGCCUCACUUGUAAAACUGGUUAGCUCCCAGCUUCAGGUUUCAGAAGAGUUCAUUGAUGAUGAUCCAGCAGAAAUGUCCUUUUUUGCUGGAGGUUCUGAAGCAUUUUCCUAUUUGUAUGAUGGUUUAGAUUUGCAGGAGUCAGAUCUAACUAAUUGUCUCUCAGAGUCACCUGCUUUAACUAAAGAAAUUCUGCAAAGAAAUAUGAUGUCUUCUCAGUCAAGUCCUGAUAGGUGCUCCAUAGAAGCAGUAGAUAUGAACAUGGACCAUGAGUUUGAAUUUGAAGGAGAGAGUGAUUUUAAUGGGAAUGAACAGCCUUCAGAUACCUCGGAAUUAUUUGAAGUUAAAGCUCAGGCAAGCAGAAUGCAAAGUCUUCUGAGCCCUUCUGAAACUAGUUCAUUAAUUAACAACCGUUCUGAAAGUAGUUCUCUCAACAAUUUGACACUAAAUGGUAUGCCAUUUUUGCACACUUAUAGCUCUGCUAAUCACUCUGAAGCUAGUUCAAUGGUGAAUUUUCCAGCAUAUUCAGUUCGCUCUGAGUCAAGUUCAGCUUUUCAGUUCACUGACAUUAUUGACCAGUUGGAACAGCUGAGCUAUCCACCUACCACUACAGAAGACUCUAGUAGCACUGAUGACUCAUGGGAUUCAGAAACUGCAGCCCCAUUAGACAUAAACCUCUUUUUCAACAACCCCUUUGCUGAGGCUACUAGAGAGAAUUUCACUCUUGAUUUUCAGAAUAAUCUUAAGAAUCUCACCCAGGAAGAUAAAACAGAAGACACACACACAAGCCAUUAAUAUUUUGGUUGAUACUACGUAAAUUUAUGCUUUCAGGAAUCUGGUUUUGAAAGAGAAAAGAUAAUGUAGAUUGUUUCUGACCUGGUUCAUUCUAGUGAUUGGAUUUCAAAUUUAUGUCCUUUUUAAAAAUCCUUAUCCCAAUUUUUCUCAAGCCAUCAUAAAUUAGUUGCUACUUUGAAGUGUAGAUGUCAGUGGUGCAGACUAGCCAUUAUAAUUUUUCUAAUGUAUUGUACUAUGCAUUUUUUAUCACCCAGCAAUUGUUUAAACCAUCUGUGGUGAAGGUCACUGCAUCACUGAAUUUUGAACUUAGGUACACUUUGCAAAUAACAGACCCUCUACAAAGCAUCGCUGCUGAUGAGCAGUAAAUGUCUUGAAAGGCCAUUGGCAUAUUUUGUGCUUCCCUGUUGGUGCUUUGUUAGAAUUUUAACACAUUACUCUGCAGAAACAAGCCUAUAACAUGGAUAGGGAACCUGUGGUCCUCCAUAUGCAGUUGGACUACAAAUCACAUCAUGCAUGGCUAUUGGCCUUGGGAAAUAGAGUGGAACAGCAUCUGGAAGGCCACAGAUUCCUCACCCCUGCUGUAACUUAAUUGAAUCAAUAUGAAAGGUUUGCUUGAGCUUUUAUUUGAAGAUGGUACUACUUCAAGGAAAUGAUCUUAUUAUUGUUAGACUAUGAAUAUACAAGUGGUAUUGAAAGACUAUAUUAUGGCAGUAAGAGAGUUGGCAAACCUGGUUCUCUCAGGUCUCCUGAUAGACACUGAAGAAUGUAUUUAAGUUGCAAAGCAGGAAAGCAAACCUUGUACAGGAAAUAAACUAAAAUACUGUUAGGGCUGUGUCUGAAAGGAUUAUAUCUUGAGUUAAUUAAAUAGGCUUGUGUAUCUUUCCAUUAUAAUUUCCUAAUUAUGCCUGUGUGAAAGGGAAGAUUGUGCAAUAUAUGAACUUCACCAGAUUUUCGGUGGUGGUGGUGGAGAACCAGGCACAUCUGGUUUGUAUACUCUGUGAUAAUUGUGUUUUCACUGUGGAUUUCCUAUCAUACUUUAAAAAACCACUUUCAUAAUCCUCCUGACCAAAUUCUUAUUAGACUGAUUUUAUCAGUGUGCAGCUCAGCAUAAUGGAGCGAUUGCCUUCGGGCUGCCAAUUAGUUUGCUUUUUGUUCUGAAAGAUUCACUUUCACUAGUAGUUUAUCAUACCUGUAGUGAUAUGCUCCAUGUGCCUGAAAUUGUUAAAUCAGCAAGAAUUUAUACUAGUUGUGGUAGUAGCACAUUAAAUAAUACAUACAGUAAACCUGCAACUUAACCCGGGGGUUACGUUCCAAGGAUCGCGCCUGAAGCCAAAUCACAUAAAGGCAAAACACACUGGGUUCAAAUCCGGGUGGGAUUCAAAUGUGGGUUCAAUUGCCAAAGUCUUUUCCCCAGGACAUCCCUUCCAUUUUUAAAAAAGUGUUGUUGUUGUUUUGGCCAAACACAUAAAGCUGGAUGUGCACAAGUUGCUGGCUUACUGUACCAUGGAAUGCAAUUUUAGAUUUUUUAAAAAAUCAGACAUCUCUGCCCCUCUACUUUUUCAGAGAAGUACCAGGACUCUGUAGGGCCAGGUUGUGCUUCAUGUGGGUAUGUGGAGAAUAUCUGCAAAUAUUCUAUAUUUAACUUUGAUUUUAAGUAUUGCUUUGCUUAUUCUGAAGCUAUGUCGGUGAUGCCAUAAAGUUAUAUUACUAGAUUAAAGGGUUUUUUCCCCACUUUUGCCAACCAUAAUUCAGAUAGGACUUUGCUUAAUUAAGAUUUUAAAGUUAAGAAUACAUGCACCUUUGCUAAUACAGGCUAGGAGUUCUAAAAUUAGAUAUUGGUCAUGAUCAAUGACUGGUGGUACAUGCUGAGAUUGUACAAAUAACUUCGGUUAGUAAAUGGUAAUGAGAGGUAAUUGUAUUUCUUCUCAGAAACAAAUCUAUGGCAAUCCACUUCUGAACUCGUGGCACAGUACAGCUAAUUUCCUGUUAAAGCUUCCUAUUGAAUAGAUCAGUUCAGUUACUAAAAUCAAACAACCUUUUCUUUUCCAUUUGGAGCAUUGCACAACACCCAUAUUUUAUUCAAAACCAUCAUAAUUAAUUACAAGAUUGGUCAAAUGCAGGUGCAUUUUCUAGAUGUGCCUGUUAACUUCCCCAGAGGCUUUUCUAGUAGCUGUUGUUCUUAAAUAUGUUGCAUGUUUUGAAAUUAAGUAAAAUAUUCAGGAUUUGUUUGGAUUCCAUGCCCUUCUGUUUUGUAAGUACUUGUAGGGUACUUCCCUAUGAACAUCUAACAUUUUUUAAAAAAAUAGUAUUUUUUAACAUCAUAGUUUUCCUGUUUUAAACACAUUAAAUUGCCUUCAUUCCCAAUAUGAGAUUGUUCCUGAACUCUCAAACUUUUUAGGUAAGUCUGAACCUGUUAUUUAUUCUUAGUGAAAUAUAGUUAAAAAUAAAUUUCACAAUACCAUACUCAGCUUCUGUUUAUCUCCAAGCUGUGAAGUUAUGGACUGACAAGGUUAUGUUGAUUGAAGUUGGGACUGAUAUGCAUAGCAGAAAAGAAAUGUGUUGGAUCAGCUGGUUAGUUUCCAGUGGUGUGGUGCUUUUUUUAAAGAAUUCAGAAUGUGGACAAUGGAGGGCUGAUCUAGAAGUUGUAAGGAACCAGAGAUUUGCUCUGCCUCUUGACUGCAGACCUCACGGAAGACCUUGGGCUUUGUGUGUAGAAAGAUUUCCCUUUUUAUUAUACUCCAUGGGGAGACCUGUUUUGUUCAGUAUUAAACCAUCUAUGCUACAGAAGAUGAACAUUUUUGUUCACCCUAGUCAUAUCUUGUGAUAUUGUUAAUUUUGCUAGUUUUAUUAUUAUUUUUACUGUUCUGCUCAUUUCCCACUUCUCUUAGUACAAACCUAGUUGUUGGUAGAAAAACUUGCCUAGAAUUCCAGUUUUUAAAAUAAAUGUGCAUGUGUGUUGCAGAUUAUAGUAAGUAGCAGCUGAUUGCCUCGGGGUCAACAGGCAGGUGGGGAGCAAAUUCGCAAAGUGAAUGUUCCUCUGACAUUAAGAUACAUUAGGGGAAAUAAAAAAUCUGUACAUAAUAGGUAGCUUUUUUCAUAGUUGCAGAAGCAUCCAUGCAAGUGAGUUUGCUCCAUUGUACACUGAUAAAGUAUUUGACUGCACUUUAUGGUACAUGGGUAUGUAGCAUUAAAUACUUCAGAUUUUAAUCAGAUAUACUCAAAGCAUUCUUUACUGACAUUAUUAUAGGUUUAUAAUCAUUCUGCAUUUAAACAUAUUUAUUUUGACCCAAUUAAAAAUAAAGGAUGAGUUGAUUGAUGGAAUACGGUUGAAUGCUGUAGCUUGACAAACAUAUACAGUUAAGCUUUGGCAGAACUGUCCACACAUAAUUUAUAAUGUUGUAUCAGUUGUAGAAUUAAGUAUAUAAUUUGCUAUUAAAGCAAUUUCUUGUUCUAAUAAUUAUUUACCACUUGACUUGAGUAGUGACAUGCUUAUUUUGCAAUCUGGUUCACUUUUAAAUUCAGUUUACUAACCUUAAAAGAUUAAUGAAAUUCCUAUCAGAUAUAUUCUUAUGGAUGGUAUGUGUGUUAAGCCUUUAGAAGAGCAUUAAUUAAAAACCUGUUGGUAAUUCAUUCCCAUUAUUGUCAUUUUGCCGAGUCUUAAGCUUUCAGGUAUUACAUGCAAUAGUUAGGCUUUCAUUGCAAAUGUCUCAGUACUGAUUCUCACAAUGGUCACUUAUCUUUAAUAUUCAACUCCCCACCCAAUUAAUGCAGUAUAUAUACUUGUAUGCACAUGCAGAAUAAAUUAAUAUUGUGAAUUUUUUGCAGCUCUUCACGCGUAACUUCAGCUCCAGCUAAAUAUUUUACUCCUUGUUUGUGAAAUUUUAGGGGGUUCAUCCACUCAAUGAAGAAUUUGAUUUUCAAUGGUUCAUCAGUGCUUAAAAUUGGUAUGAGUGAGAUCAUAAGAAACCGUUUGGCAUAUUUAGGGCAAGUCAUAGCUUUAGUAUGUGGAGCACAUAAAAAUACAGACUCUCUGUAUUGGCAACUGACUGCAAAGGUUCAGAACAUACUGGACAUACAUAUAGUAAAGCUUUAUGCUUCAAAUGAUUUGUGCCUUAGUAUGAUCCGUUUCUUAGUACAAUUGAUACAUAUUCAGGAAAAAAUACAUUUAUUGGACUGGAAAUUCUUACUACAACUUUUUGAUCAUGAUCAUUUUAUACUCCAGAUGUUUGUUUUAUACUUUUUGUUUUCUGUUGAAAUUAUUGAUGAUAUAUCUACAAAUUUGUACUAAUUUGAAAUUGUUUAUGCAAUAAAAUGAGGAAGUCUUUGAUAUGAAUGAUAAAUUUGCUUUUACCUUUCAUUAACGGUUUUGUUUUUAAAAAAGGCUUACUAUUUUAUUUUGUAAGGCUGACUUACUUUAGAAGUGUAGUAGCUCUUUAUAAUGCAACAAUUUAUUCUGGAAUACAAAAGCGAAUUUAUCUUGAACCAUUUUUACUCUGUUCUUUCUUUAAAAGAAGCUGGCCAUGAUCAUAAGUUGUUGUUUUAGUCUUACAUAUUCUAUGAAAAUCUAUAGUAUAAAUUAUAUACACAAACACAAGUAAAAAUCUACUUAGCUUGUUUCAGGCAGAUUAGUCCGAGAAGCUCACCAACAUUUAACUUGCGGGAUUGGCCACGAAAUAUCUAAGUAGCCUAUGCAGAUUAAGGAGUUCUACAUACCCAGAUAUUUUAUGGUCUCUCUUGUUUAAAGCUGCUCUUUCAUUCUCCAUACUUGAUUAGCAUUUUUGUUUGAAAAUAUUGCUUUAAUUUGCACAGUGAACUACAUACAGCUGGACCCCUUACGUACAAGAAACCACCUGGGAUUUGGGAUCAAAAAUCCUCAAAACUUGCUAUAAAAAAGUAUUUCUUCAACAAUUUUGACAUUUUCAUAUCUUUCUCAUUUCUUUGUUUUACAACGCAGGCUGUAACACUUUAGUACUAUUCUACAGACAGAAAGUUCCUACCACACACAUUCAAGUGCCCUGUGUCCCGCUAUUUAGUACUUGAUAGUCAAGCACUGUUGGCACUCGGUUGUGAGCUCAGCACAUUCCCAGUUGGCUGAAAUUUUGACACCAGUAUUAACAUUUCCCUCUUUCCUAGCAAUAUUGAUAUCUUCAAAUAGCCAAUCAAUUUUUCCUCUGUGCUGGUGUCACUGAGGGCAGAUUACAAUAAUUCAUAAUACGGGUAAUGCCUACUUGUAGGGGUUGGGGCACCUGCUUUCCUCCAGAAAUUGUAGGAGUUAGAGCUCCCAUCAUGGCCAAUGACCAAGGUUGAUGGAAAUUUUAUUCCCACAACAUCCGGAGGGCCACAAGUUCCCCACCACUGGUUAUUCGGAGGCACUGGCCCUCAGUUUGAAUUAGCAUUGUUUUCCAUCAGUGAUUCCCAAGCCAAAUAUAGCUACCAGUUUUGUAGUUGAAGAGGAUCAUUUUUCUAACAGUUCAAAUUUAAGUAAAAUGCAUCCUGAUGUAGGAAACAGUAUAUUGACACAGUGGUAGAACUUCUUAUUUAAAUAGUGCUUACUAUACUACCUGGAAAUAUGAUUCCUCAGAAGGUUAAUCCUUAGGAGUAAAGCUGAUGCACUGGUGCAACUGUGCUGUAAUGGCAAUCGUAUUAUCAAGGGCCCUUUUAUUUUCAGACACAGAAUGUAAAAGAGGUUCAUCAUAUUUUGGGAAAGGAAAUACACCCUACCUUCUCAUUACAAUCUUAAGUUCCAUUUUAAAAUGCUAUUUGGGAGUGUUAAUAACCUCUUUGAGAGUAUCUAUGUGUGCUUUUGGUAUCGUGCUAUGGAACCAUACAGAGAAUUGUGUUCUGUAAAUAUGAAUGCACAGAACCAGUUCUUUAACUACCAUUGCAGGUAAGUAAAAUAUGCAUCUUAGAACACAUGGCAUGGGUAAAAAUGCUAUUUCAGUUUACUAGUGUGCAAACACUUCAUGAGCAUAUACUGCUUAGGGGUGAGAGCAGAAGAUGUUACAAUUCCUCUUUUUUCUUUUUUUCUUUUUUGCUAAAGACAGCAAGAUCUGGGAGUUUCCUUACUUGGUAUCUGUGUUGCACUUGCAGAUAUGCUAUUUACUUUUGUCUCUGUGCAACCAUGAAUUCCUUCUUUUGUACUUGUCUAUACCUGUAGCAGUUAUAGAAAAGGAAGACAUGAGGCAAAGAAUGAAUUGCUUUUCUUUAAAGGCCUCAGCCUCUUAUAGGAAGGGGCUACGACAUCAAGGUUUAUUUACAGCUUGAAGUAGUAAAUUCUGUUCUUACAAUAGGGUCAUGGAGAGGAAGAAUAAUGGCAAUGAGUCUUUUUCAAUGGGGUAUUCUGUUUUAGAGGGGUUAUAGAAUCCUAUUUUGAUUACUCAUGUCAAAAGGUUGAACAGCUUGUAGAAAAUAGAUUUCUGUUCAAAAUAGUGCAAGAAACAUGUUCUAAAAAUCAGACUCUUCGGAUAUUCAGGAGACAUUUUUUCAUAUCUGCAAUUUUUGGGGGUUUUUUUAAUGGUAUUAAACCGUGUGUGGGAUUGGAAUGCUAGCCUGUUGUAUUUUUUGAGAAGCUGUCACAUUUCUUUUUGAAAGAAAAUAUUGUAUAUAUACAAUAGACAGCUACCCAACCCUCAGUUUUCAGAGGCAAGUAAAGACUGGGUGCAUCAUUUAUGGAGCCAUGGUGUAAGCACAUUGGGGACUUGCUCGGUUUUCAGAAGUCGUUUUGAAUAAAUCACAAAUCUACUUUUGCUAAGUUGUGCACUCUUUGAAGGUUCUAGCCUUCAUUCAUUCACAUAAGUAGGAUCAGGUCUGAAACUAUUGUGAAAUCUUAUCCAUAGUGUCUGCUGCCAUUUUAUUUCAUGCAUACUAAUAUCAGCUAAGUGUAUAGCGUCUUUUUAAAAACAAAGCCUGGCUUACUGUAACUUGUAAUGUGUUUAUACAACUUGUCAAUGCAUCAGUGUCCAACAGAAAGGCUGAUGGCUACAAACCUUUUGUAGAAGUCAUACUUUUAAUAUACAUAAAUAAGAGUUUGAGGAGUUUAACAUCUGAUUGCUGUAGAAUGAGGGGUGGAAGUACAAAUGGAUUUUUAUGCAUUAUUGUGACCUGUACUAAUGUAUGUAUUAAUAAAUGUAGAAUGUAAAUUGUCUGCAGUACUACUGAAACUCACCUGCUUUCAAGAAAAUCAGUUUACUUAGCAGUAGUUUGACUUCUAAUUUUUCAAAUUAGGAGAUGCUUGUUGGAUGUAGAUUUUCAAAAGACACGACACUUGAGGACACCUCCCCCCCCUUUAACUGCUGUUAAAUUGAAGGUGUUGUGCAUUGCAUUAGCUUCUCUACCGCUUUAGUCCCACUUCUGUGACAUGAUUUGCAUUCAUCUAAAAUUAAACAAACCUGCAGCUGAAAAACUACAUAAAACUACUGCUUCAAAGCACAAACCUCUCUGGAAACACAGAAGUUGGAUUCAGUGGCAAAGGAAGUGCAGUUUUACACAUGGUCAGACAGGCUCAUCUACAGGCACACACAAAAGGCACCACUAAUUAUAAGGCAAAAGACUUGCUUCUAAAGUUCCUUAUGUGCUUUUCAUAUCCACAACUUUCACUCACACUCUAAACACACAUUUCCCCUCUUUGUGAAAUGAUACUAUCAAAAGUAGAUGCAGCAUCCCUUCUAAAUAACCAGUCAGUUGUCAGGCAGGCUCCAAAAUUGUCUGUUGACUCCCAUGUAUAAUGGAAGGCCUUUUAAUAGUCACUGACUAUAAAAAUCAUGCUGAUUUGCAUUGUUUCAAAACCACUCCCAUCUUUAAUCUCACCCCACCCCACUCCCAUGAUUCUCUUCAAUUCUUUUGCUUCCUGCAGAAGAUGAGAGGUGGGGCAAAAGCAGUUCAUCUUUAGAAAAUAAAAUAAAAUAAAAAAGAAAAGAAAAGCUGUAGCAGUAUUCCUUUAUCAUAUACCUGUUAAAAUGCAAUGCUGCUAAUGGGCAAUGUGAGACACUGGCAGAGCUUUCUUUACUUAGUGUGUUUUAAGGAAAGAUUUCACCCCCACUGUUGUUUCUACAAUUGUGGUCAUAAUGUACUGGAUGCCAUCUGCUCACAAUCUCAUACACACAUUGAAAAGGAUAUUAGCCUUGAAACUGAGCAGCAUUUUCAAAUAGAGUUUUUUUAAGAGAGAGAGAGAGAGAGAGAGAGAGAGAGAGAGAGAAAGAAAAAGAAAGAAAGACAUUAAAGAGGAGCGGUUUCUGUUGGAAAGGAAAUGAAAUACUAAAGACUCUGGGGGAAGUCCAAGCUGCUUCUUGCUUGUAUUUGACUUGUACGUUCAAGCAGAUUUCCCGUAAACUGCUUUCCCAGCAAGGAACAAAUGCCAACAAAUACGCUGGAUCUUACAGAUACGAUACUAAAAGUCAGGAGGAGGAGCAGGGGACUGCAUGAGCUGAUACAAUACACAGUAGACUGGCCAAAGAAUGUUAAUAGUUAACUUCCCUGAUACUCUGAAUCUCUUCCAGGUGACCUAAGUGUAACACUGUUUAGCUUCCUGAGUUAACCAGUGGGAAUGCAUGCACUUAAACUUCCUCUCCUUUUCGUAAUGCCUCCCCUUUCUUUUGGCAUUCAUUACUUUUAAAAGGCUUUGCUUCCUGAGUCAAACGAGAGAGCAGUCGGUUCCUUUCAGUAGUGUAGCACUGUAGCAGAAGCCUUGCAGCUGGCUGCCCUCCAAUUUCUUAAUCCCGCUUCAAAUAAGUGUUGAAAAGUAUUACGUGCCUGUUUAUUACUGGGCCUUAAUAUCGCUUUGAGUGGAUACUUUGGGACAGUUCAGUGAAGCUUUUUUUUUGCUGUUUACAGUGGAAUCAUGAAUAAAUGUUGGCCAGAGCACAAAGCUUCAUGCUGUCUUUCUGAGGCUGCACAGAAUGGAAUUUGGAGUGGGAGUGGCAGACAUAUCUGGGGCAGCACUUACUGGUGUCAGCGUAGGAGCCCUCUCUGGCAUUACCCUGUCCAAAACAGUUUUAGCAUUGGAAUAAUAAUGAUAAUAUAUAUUAAUUAUAACAUGGAAAAUGUCAGCCAUAAUUCAAAUGCAAGAAACUUUCAUAAUGCAUAAGUAGAGAAGCUGUUUUGCUUUGAAAGUGAGGGACAAUGGGAUGAACAGCCUAAUUUCAACGUUUUGUGCUCUAGGUAGCAAAUUGCAAUGCUAGGGCUCCAUAAUGCUUAACAUUGCAAUUCGGAUCUGUGCCAUUUAGUUCCCAUUUCGUGCAAAGCUCCUGUGCUGGACUAGAUGGGCCUUCAGCCUGAUCCAGCCUGAUUUUCUUACAUGAUACUGAUCAUGGAAUUUGCUUGCAUUAAAAUUCAGAUACCUUCUCUGUAGAGAACAGCAUUUUGUGAAAUAGCUUGCUUGCUCUAAAGAAAAGCUGCAAGAAAUGGAAAAUUUACUCUAGCUUGGUAAUUGUCACAAUGCUAAAACAUUGUUUUGAUAAGCUUCUUUUUCAUUCCUUGCUACAUAACAAUUACGUUGUGCCGCGGCUGUCCAGACACACCCUCAAACAUUACUUGACAAAUGAAAUAACUUAUCUCCACCCAGUUAGUGAUGCAGCGUGGUUUAAAGACUGUAGAGGAAGCUGUAUUUAGUAUGGGCAGUUAUUUAAAAGCUGCUAUGUGGUUACAAAGUCAGGAAGGGCAUGCAAUCUGCAUUCUCCCUAUUUCUAGUUUCAUAUUUCCUAUCCAUACAUACACAGUUUCUGAAAUCAAAUGUAUGCUGAAAACAUGGAGUUUUCCCAUUUUUGUUCUCCUGCUUUCCAUUCCCUGUUUUUCAGGGCUAUUGUGUCUCUUGUGAUCUAUUUGCAGAAAGUACUAAGAACUCUAACUCUCCAAGAGGAAUAUGUUGAAGCAGCAUAUUGUGGUCUUGAUCUGUUUAGCCAUAGCAGAAGAAAUGGGAUUGUUGGUGUUGUAGGUUGCUUUUGUUCAAAAGUCUAAAUUCUUAGCUAAUUCCAGUUUGACCUCCAGGAAAUUGUACCUAACAUUUUCAAAGACUGCUUUAAAAUAUUUGUGGCCUCAUUUUUUAAAAAAUUUUUUAAGCAAACCAGGGGAGACAACUACUUGCAAGUGUUAUGUCGAUUUGGUGAUGUGCCUGGUGGUAUUUUGUUGAAGCAAAACCAAUUCUUAACCUCUUUCUCCUCCCCACUUCCUUCCUAAUGUGAUACUUAGGUCCUCAGCUGUCUUCCUUUGUAAUGAAGAGUCCAAUGACUCUGAACCCGUCGUUUCAUGUGAAUAUGAACACACCUGGCCAGGGCUCAUCUCCUCUUUUGAGUCCUGUCCUGAGCGAUGUUGGUGGUGCCAGGAUAGAAGAAGAGGAUGAGGCAAGGCGUAAGGUAAGGCAAGGACAAGGAGGGUGAUUUGUGUUUGUUUGUUUCAUGAGCCUCUGCUUCAAUUUCUGAUUUCUUUGUUGGGGCUUAUUCACAUUUACCUUUCCUCUACUCUUUCCACACACAGUCCAUGGUUUAAACUUCUGUGUCCAAGUUGCCGCCCUCCCCCCCUUUUGUUUUUGCUCUACAGCUUUCCCUGCAAAAACCCACUCUUUAAAUUUCAAUCAGAGGAAACACAAUCCACAGAAAACUUUGAAGAGCAGGUUUUCACAGGGAAAGCUUGGGGCAAAACAAAACAAAAUAAACCACUUGGACACAGAGCGUUAAAGUGCGGACCUCUGCAUAGAAGGAGCAUGGCAAAAGUUAAGCGUACAUAAGCCCUAAGAUAUUAGCAAUGUGCAAAUCUGCCAGUGCUAUACUAUCGUACUGACUUGUGUACUAUUAAACUUCCCACGCAAUGGUUUUUCUUGACCUAUGUUAAAAUAAAUACACGGCACUUUGCUACUAUAAAACUGCUAGAAGGAACAAGCCUUUUUUCCAGCUGUUUCAAAGUGAGAUAUGAAUUAAAUGCUUUUCUUUACCUCAAGAGCACCAUUUUUGUCCUUUCUGUUUGUGGGGAAUAGUUGUACUGUAAAACAUUAGAGACAGUUAUAGAAAGUACAUUAAUUCCAACUCUCUGAGUGCUUUUCUGCAGUCUAAUAAUCCACUAUUUCUUGUCAAAAACAGAUCCUUCUCUUUAACACAUUUUUCAGGUGGGAAUGAGCUGGUUUUGUUAUUUAGCAAGCUCAGCUCAACCCAUAGACAAUUUAUCUCAUUUAACAACCGUAUUGAUUACUGCUGGUGAAUCAUGCUGGUGAAUCAAUCUUGGUGAACGUGAAAUUAACUAGAACGAAAGGCAAAACCCUUAUUUUGCACGUCUAAGCAGGAGUGAAAUUAACCAUACAAUUAGGAGUUCUGUCUUCCCACUGCAAAAAUAAUGAAAUUUUUGCAACUUUGUAUCUUACACUUAGAAGAAUUUGGGAAAGUUUGGGGUUGGGCAUUUUUGUGUUUGGCGUAUGUUCCAUAAUCUUAAUCUAGGACUUUUUCUAUUGAAAAUAAUACAGUAAACCUCAAGGUUGUGGUUUGAUGCCUUAUCUGAGGUUAGAUGAGGUAUAUUAAAAAGCAGAUUUGUGGCUUCCUGUACCCAUGUUUCUGUUUCCAUCAGGCUCAAUGUGACAAAGAGGUUGAAGCUUUUCAAUGCAGUGUAUCUCUGUCCAGACACAUACAGCCUAGAGGAUCAGUGCUGUCAUUGUUGUUUCAAGCGUUGUUGUUUCAAGUGUGUUUCAAGCAACUAACUCUAGAUCAGGAUCAGGGUGUGGCUUAAUGAAACUCAUAUUCACAUCUCGGGUUCAGGAUUCCCACUGCCUCACCUGAAGAAUACAUUUGGUAUAGUUGAUUCAAAUAUUUCUUUAAAAAGCCACACACUUCAAAACCAUUUAGAGCAGGAGGCUUUGGUUUUGGCCCUCCUUUUAUAGUGGCACAUCUGGAUGGUCAAAGGAGUCUUAUUAUAUAGCUCAACCAAGGUUUCUUAAUAAGAAACAUUUUCUGUUUCAUUUAUUUGGGAUUUGCUUUUAUCUUUCAGAGGUACCCAGCAGACAAAGCCUAUUUCAUUGCAAAAGAAAUUCUUGCAACUGAACGAACUUAUUUAAAAGACUUGGAAGUCCUUACUGUAGUAAGUGAUUUAAACCCACUUUUCCCUAAAAAGAGUUGUUUUAAUAGUUGUAUGUGUAAAUUGUGAAUUGUGUAUUAUUGCAGUCCCUUAGCCUCAGGGUAAAAUUGGUUAUAAACUGGAAUUUCCCAGAUGGAAUAUUUGCAAAACGUCUCUUGUGCAUCUUGUUUAGAGUAUGUGUCUGCUGCCAAAGGACUUGUUUGAUAUUGUUGAAAUUUGUUUGCAUGUUGUUGUUUUUCUGGGUUCUUUGAUACUUUUUACAUUGCUGAUACCAAGAACAGGAAGCCAAACAUCUGCUUCUUAUUUAUCUCUCCUCUGCAGUGGUUCCGCAGUGCAGUUGUCAAGGAAAAUGCCAUGCCUGAAAGUCUCAUGACCUUGCUGUUCUCAAACAUAGACCCCAUCUAUGAAUUUCACAGAGGUUUUCUGAAAGAACUUGAACAGCGGCUAGCACUAUGGUAAGUGUUAACAGCAUUGUGAAGGCAAACACUUGAAUCUGAUCAAAAAGAGUAGAAAUAUGGUUUCUUUGUUUUAAAUUUUCAGGUCUGGCAUGCCUAUUUUUGCAAAAUACAUAUAAACUUCAGAGAGGUUUAGUUGAUAGCAUACAGUGUUAACCCUUUUCUUCUGUUUUUAAAAUGAUUAUUUGAUUAUUGAGACUCCAAUUUGAGCUACAAAUUGAAACAGGAAACAUGGUUAGUUUGCUGAGAAAUGAAUGGAAACAGUUUUGGAACUCUUUUAUAGUUAUUGUUAGUAUGCUUUAGUUUCUAGAAAACAGUUCCUACUGGAAAAUAAUUGUAAGAUUCAAUUUCCCAAGAGCAGUAGCACAAUCUUCUCACACUCUCAUUGCAGGGAGGGACGUUCCAACGCUCCCACGAAAGGAGAUUAUCAACGGAUUGGUGAUGUCUUGCUGAAAAAUAUGCAUAUGCUAAAGGUAGGGAAAUAACUCCCAAGAAUCUGUGUGUUCCUUCAUGUUCAGUGGGCUGAUUAAUAUAUAACAUUAAAUCAUUGUUUAGCAAUGUGUACUCAAGGAAGGAGCCAAGGCGAAAUUCUUCCAUGCGCCUUCUAGCCUGCUGCUCCUGCAUGACUGGACUGAGGUCUUCAGCAGUGUUGACUUCCAUUUUCAUAGAAUCCUGAUUUGUUACCUAUGAGCCAGAUAUUGUGGUUUAAAACAAAUUCCAGUCUGUUUCAAAACAAGCUGCUUUCAAAUUCUGGGUCAUGAAAGUGUCUUGUUUAGGUAACACAGUUUGCUUUAAACCACAAGAUUUGGUUUGUGUGCAAUGACAGCCCAUGAUUAUGUGAAACUGAAAGUAAAUGCUUCCAGAGCCUUUACUUAUGGCCGCAUCUUUUGUGAUCCUACAGGAAUAUACCACCUACCUGAAGGAACAUGAUGAAGUCCUGUCAGAGUUAGAGAAAGCAACUAAGCGCAUAAAGAAACUGGAAAUGGUUUAUAAGGAGUUCGAACUCCAGAAGGUUUGUUACUUGCCACUCAACACUUUCCUGCUGAAACCCAUCCAGAGGUUAAUGCACUACAAGCUGAUCCUGGGGAGACUUUGCAAACACUACGUGCCAGAUCAUCGGGACUACACCGACUGCAGGAGUGAGUGAAAGAUCAGACAAAUAUCUGCAAUGCCAAUACUCAACACAUUCUGUAUUCUCAUUUUAUGUUGCUGAUUGACAGAAAUUCAGUUGUCUUGGUAGAAACAGUACAGUCGUAGCUUGGAUCCUGAAUGCUUUGUGAGUCGAAUGUUUUGGCUCCCAAAUGCCACAUACCUGGAAGUGAGUGUUCCCAGUUUGUGAACGUUCUUUGGAACCCAAACGUCUGAUGUGACUUCCGUGGGUUCUGAUUGGCUGCAAGAGCUUCUUGCAGCCAAUUGGAAGCUGCACCUUGGUAUCCGAAUGUUUUGGAAGUUGAAUGGACUUCCGGAAUGGAGUCCAUAUGACUUCCAAGGUACCACUGUAUUGCUACAAAACUAGUUCAUCUGGUUUCAGUUAUUUUUAACCUCUAGCCUAUGUCAACCUUUCCCAGGCAUAUAUGACAGUAGGUAAAGUCAAGUUCUUCUGCCAACCUAGCAGUUCAAAAGCACAUCAAAGUGCAAGUAGAUAAAUAGGUACCUCUCCGGCAGGAAGGUAAACGGCAUUUUCGUGUGCUGCUCUGGUUUGCCAGAAGCGUCUUAGUCAUGCUGGCCACAUGACCCAGAAGCUGUACACUGGCUCCCUCGGCCAGUAAAGCAAGAUGAGCGCCACAACCCCAGAGUCGGCCACGACUGGACCUAAUGGUCAGGGGUCCCUUUACCUUUAAAGUCAAGUUCAAGCCAUGACUUGAAACUUCUUUUGCAUCCUAGCUUGAAUUUAGGCUGUGGGUCUAAAGGAAGUGCAGUGCUACCUCAUGUUACAGACGCUUCAGGUUACAGACGCCUCAGGUUACAGACUCGGCUAACCCAGAAAUAGUACCUUCGGUUAAGAACUUUGCUUCCGGAUGAGAACAGAAAUAGCGUGGCGGCAGCGGGAGGCCCCAUUAGCUAAAGUGGUACCUCAGGUUAAGAACAGUUUCAGGUUAAGAACGGACCUCCAGAACGAAUUAUGUUCUUAACCCGAGGUACCACUGUAUUGGGACCAAACACUUUCCUUUUGAAGUUAAAUCACUUAAUUUUGUUUGUGUGUGUGUUUAAUAAAUAUCCUGUCCUUCAUCCCCAAGGACCUGGGCUGGCAAAUGUCAUGGUGAUGCCCAGUGUUGACUGGUGGGCAUCCCUACCCACCUGUUGGGGUGGGGGACUACCUAUUAUUUUGUUCUACUUUCUGUGAACAGUGUGACACUGAGCCAAGAACUGAGUCACACCAUCAUCUUACUUGCACUUAGUCAUGUGAACUGUCUCCAUUGGAAAAUACUGAGUCAUGUGAAUGCUGUGGGAAGUGUUAUCUUUGACUAUAGCAGUAGUUAAGUUGUGAACAUAAAAGUAUAAACUCAUCCUUAUUGGCUUUGCAUCAUACAUCUCCAUUUAAAAUACAAGUGAGAAGAGUAUCUGCCAUAGUUCUUAUAGGUGGGGCUGUUCAUUCUGCAGCUAUAAUAUACAGGGCAAAAUUGGAUAUCAUGGACAAGUGUGACAUUGGACCAGCUCAUUACUGUCAAACAUAAAUGUGUCAUUCACACAUGUGAAUGACACAUAUUCUGCCUCCUAGGACUUAUUGUGAAAUUGAGUACUAUAGCAAUUAAGAAUAAUGGAACAGUCUCAGCCUUAACCUUUGAAGAGUUGUUCUAGUGAAAGUUGUAAGCAAAGAAAUCUCCACAAAAGGCCCAGUACAUGAGUAAAACUGCCCACCAUGAGGAUCUCUGUAAAUAAUAAUAAUAAUAAUAAUAAUAAUAAUAAUAAUAAAUUAAAGACAGCUGAGAAAUGUGGGUUACAGUCUCAGAAGCCAAAAUAGAGUUAUUACACAUAUCUCCGUUACUAUCCCUGGGCUUAUAUACUGUGCUUGCUUCCAAAAUCUCUGUCUUCCAUUCCUUACUUUUCUACCAUCUUCUGCAAAAUAUAUUACUGCAUUUUGAACACCUGUUUCUUGGAUGUAAGGUAUAAUAAUUAUGAAAGUGCAACCAUGUUUGAUUUUGCAGAGUUUAUUUUGAGCACAAAAUUAGGUAAAAUGGAGUCUAAGUGGCUCUUUAUGGUUCUCACUGGGGAAGAAUGUAAGUGGAGCCUUGCAAGAUCAGAUCAGAGGCCUAUCUAGUCUAGCCUUCUGUCCCACAAUGACCAACCUAUAUAGAGCCCAUGAGAGGAAUUGAGUGCAGUAGGACUCUCUUGUUCCUCAGAAACUGGCAUUCAGCAGCAUACAGCCUCUGAUACUGCAGGAAAUACUGCCAUUGUGACUAGUAGCUGUUGAUACCAUAGCACUGCAAGGUUUGAGUAGGUCUGAUUAAAAUGGCAUGGUCGUGUAUGUUUAGGCUAGUCUGUCCACUUACCAAUCAUUUGGAGAUUUCUGUGAUUGCAUCUUCUCUUAAAUAAGUACAUGUAACGUUCCAUUUUUCCUUUUGGAAAAAAGCAAUGUUCAUACACUGCUUCAGUUUAGCCUGUACUUUUGUCCAUGCUUCUCUGAUUGGUUGGUUUGGAGUAGACCUUUUCUUUUGUAAUUCCCUUCUGCAGGUGCACUGAAAGAAAUCACAGAAAUUACAUCACAGCUUCAGAACAGUCUCAUCCGUUUGGAGAAUUUCCAGAAGCUAACAGAGUUACAGCACGACCUGCUUGGCAUUGAUAACCUUGUAGCUGCUGGCAGAGUAGGUAGUUCUUUCCAUAUUUUAAGACCCGUGUACUUCAAUUGUUUCUGACCUUUCUUCUUGCUUUCUUCCUUUAUGGGAUGAUGGCUUUAGAAGUUUUACUGGUUUAUUUCAGAACUAGGGAAAUCCAGUAUGUUAUUUCCAAAAAUAUAUCUCAGUAUUGAAACUCUCAUAAGUAACCAUUCAAAAAUUGUAUUUGCAUGUACUUACCGAGUUGUUUUUAAGGUUGGCAAAACAAUGUGAGAAAAGGCUUCUUUGAAGGGCCUUCAUUUCAGGGAUCACAGGCAUUGUUUCAGUUUUCCCAGUCCUUCAAUUAUUGCUGAUCCAAAGAGGUAACAGGGACCAGUGCAAGUAUGAUGCAUGCAUGGGUGUGCAGGCUCUCUUCAUGUAUUCAUUCAUCAUGGGCAAAUCCUAGGGAAAAUAGUACUUGCCUCUUAGACAUUUAGAGGACUCUUGGUUGUGUACCACAGCACUAUAAAGAGCUUUGGAAACUGGACAAACAUCCUCCCACUUACACAUGUUCUACUCGCGUGCGAUUGCAUAUAUGUGCAGUGCCAAAAAAUAGAUAAAUAGACUCAUAUAAAUGAAUAUAAAUAAAUAUAAAUAGACUCAAAUGGCGGGAGUCAGCUGGAGAGUUCUUGACGCUUGUAAAGAAACCCUCCCCGGAGCCCAAAGAGGACAUCAGAUAGCACAGAGGAAACCCUGAGGAGACCAGAGACACAGCAGGGCUUUGUGUAGGCUGCUCAGCCUCUCCGCCAAAUGGCUGAUACCUGGGGUAGCGCAGCAGCAGCCACGUUCCAGUGCAUCCUCCUACCUCCUGCCAGCCCCAGAGCUUAAACUCACAUCAAAGAGAGAAUUGUAUGGAGAGAGAGUGCGAGUGAGUGCUGGAGAAUUGGGGGGGGGGGGAGAGAUUUAGAGGCUUUUUAGAAGAUACUUUCCACUUUACGCAAAUUCACUUAUGCGCCCAGAGGCCCGGAACAUAACCCCUGCAUAAGUUGAGGAAUGCUUACAUUUUAUAAAUGGAAGAGGUGGUCACAUAAUUUGUGUUGAGCCUGGUCAUUCUUAGUUUUAAUAGAACACUAACUGAGUGGCCAAGUUGUGACAGCCUAGCUGUUUUAAAUAAGUAUGCUCUGGUGGCCUAGGUGCCUUUUGUAGCUUAGUGGCACAUUUCCAGCAGAGAACUGGAAGUGGUGCUGCUUGUAAUGAGGGAAAUAAUCAGAGCAGAGGUGACUAACCCACAGCCCAGAUCUGGCCAGCCAAUCCAUGGGAAGUGGCCAGAUUUAUAUCCUGGUGUGGUCAGGAGGCAAAGCAAGUCUGUCUCCUGCAAUCUUAGUGCUAAGUACCACCACACCAAGAAUAAAGACAAAGCCUUUGCCUGCUCGUUGUUCUUUAUGAGUAAAUGGCAGCAUUACCACGCACGCAUGCAUGCAUGCACACCCACACGCACACACUGAAGUGGGGAGAGAUGCUGUGUUUUUCUUUGCACAAACCAAUCUACGCAAAGUAACAGGCAGCCUGUGUGUGUGUGUGUGUGUGUGUGUGUGUGUGUGUGUAUGAUCUUAUGUGUGAGAGAGGGGGAAGAGUAUGGUGUGUGCCUGUAUGUCUGGCAUUGUGCUUACUGUAUGUGUCGUGGGUGGGGUCUGUAUGUUUAGUACAUGUAUAUACAUUGGCCAUGUCUACCACUGGCAUGUAGGCCUUGGAGAGGUGGGCGACUGUAAGAGAGUCCUCAGGCUGAAAACAGCCCCAACCCUGAAGUAGAGAGUGCUGCAUUUCACAGAAGAGCCAUCAAAUGUACUAAAGCUUUGUAUAUUUUUCCCCACAGGAAUUUAUCCGGGAAGGCUGCUUAUACAAGCUUACCAAAAAGGGUUUACAGCAAAGGAUGUUCUUUCUGGUGAGCUGAUGCUUUUGAUCAAGAUUUCGACUCGUAAUGAGGUUUCUGGAGCCCGUUCCCUUGUAGUAGUUUGAUUGGGAUUGGUCAAGACUUAAGUUUCGUGUACAUAUUCUGAGGAGUACGGCCUUGUUAUUUGAGCCUCGGUUGUUUCACAGCCAAAAUAUAAAGAAGCCUUUGUAUACAGCAUGGAACUUUUCAGGAAAUGUGAGGCAGUUGCAUAGGUGGGUCCUCAAACCCUGACUUUAUCCAGGCUCAGAUUCUUUGCCUCCUCAUGGGGCUGGAUCCUCAAGAGAUAGAUAGCAGAAUGGCCCUUGAUCAGUAACUGCUUGUCAUGAUGGAACAGCAGUGGCCUCUCCUUCCUUGGAGAUUUUAAAGCAAAGGUUGGAUGGCCAUCUGUCAUGGGUGCUUUAGCUGAGAUUCCUGCAUUGCAGGGGGUUGGACUAGAUGACCCUCAGAGUCCCUUCCAACUCCCAAUAUUCUUUUGAGUCUAUGAUGGCUGUGUACUUCAUCCAGUAUUGAAAGCAGAAUGCCUCUGAAUGCCAGUUGUUGGGUAACACAAGUGGGGGAGUGUUACUGUGCUCAUCUACUGCAUGUGGGCUCCCCAUGGGCAUCUGGUUGGCCUCUAAGAACAGUUUGCUGGAUGAGAUGCAUCUUUGAUCUCAUCCAGCAGGGUGGUUCUCAUAUUCUCAAUUUGCCGUGUGGGCAGCUAAUUUGUAUGUGCUCUUGUUCCUCAUCAGAUUUUGAUGUUGUCAGGAUCCAUUCCCAGGGGCUCCCAAAAGGAAAGAAAGUGGCUUCUGUUAGUUGGGCAGUCUCUUUGCUUGAUCCUAAUUAUGCACAGAAAACCCACAGGGUUUUUUUCCCUUGAGAGCCAGUGUGGUGUAGUGGUUAAGAGCGGUAGUCACGUAAUCUGGGGAACCGGGUUCGUGUCUCCGCUCCUCCACAUGCAGCUGCUGGGUGACCUUGGGCUAGUCACACUUCUCUGAAGUCUCUCAGCCCCACUCACCUCACAGAGUGUUUGUUGUGGGGGAGGAAGGGAAAGGAGAUUGUUAGCCGCUUUGAGACUCCUGAAGGGGAGUGAUAAAGCGGGAUAUCAAAUCCAAACUCUUCUUCUUCUUCUUCUUCCUUGGUGUUGAAGGACUCUUUGUAAUCAUGUAUGAACUGAAAACCAGUUGGUAAUAAUUUGUGCCCUAUAAUUACAAUGAGAAACUGUAAGCAUAGUGUAAUCCAGAUAUCUUGAGUGGAGAAAAGUUAAAUACUUUUAUAGAGAAUUAUAACAGACAGGUUUUGUUACUGUUAUGCUUUACUGUGAACCACUUGGAGCACAAUUUUAAGAGAAAACUUACAUUGGUUUGUAAAUUUAUUUGGUUUGCAAAUAAAGCUACAAAGGGGUUUAUCCAAUGGUUGUAUGUGUGGAGGGCAGCUUGCCAACAAAUUUUGCUAUUUUUCUCUUCCCUCUCUGUGGCCUCUGCAAAGGUUUGGGGAGCCCUCUGAGGAACUCAGGGGCUCCAGAGCAGGAGAAGAGAAAAAGACAAUAGUUGCUUGAGCUGCUUUCUACUUAUGCACUCUUUGGGUGUAACCCAAGGAUUGUGACAAAAUAUAGAAUUGCCUUUUUUCUUCGUACCUAAAUGAUUUUGUAACUUUUCCAUGCCUCAGUUUUCAGAUAUGUUGCUCUACACCAGCAAAGGAGUCACGGGUACCAAUCAAUUCAAGAUUCACGGUCAUCUCCCUCUGCACGGAAUGCUGGUGAGUGAUACAUCACACAGCAGUCAAACAUCAAAAUAAUAAAAUAUGUUUCAUGUUAACCUCGGCUUCCUCUUUAUACUGAACUUUUAAGGGACUCUUGCGAAACGCGCAAUUUUGGUUACUGUAGUUUUUCUCCAGUCAUUAGUAGACAGAGAUUUCUGGGUUAGAUUUAAGUAGUCAAAAGAACAAGCACUGCCAGUUUUUUGGCAUUGGAGUAGCUGGGAAGACGAGAAAACUCUUGAUUGUGCUUUUGCUAUUUUCAAGGCUAGCUGGAUGUGCUAAUUGGUGUUGCUUCCACACCAAAAUGCUACAUUCCCUCCCACUCCUUAAUGGAACUUUUUUUUUAUGUGUCUGUGUUUGAUUUUCAGCUGAUAGUCCUGGAUCCUCCGGUGAGUAAUAAGCCAGUGACUACUGUGCUUAGCAGCUUGCUGAAAUGACAGUGCAAUUGUAGGUGAUAGUUUUCCCAUUAGAAACAAAAUAGAAACGAAAUACUGUUAAUGUAGCUAGUUGCUGUUGUCACACCAUUUCUUUUAGUGUAGAUGUGUGUGCUGUUGCUCACUGAGUGAUGAAGAAAUUUCCUUUAUUGUAGGUGGAAGAGAGCGAAAACGAAUGGUCUGUCCCUCAUUGCUUUACCAUUUAUUCAGCUCAAAAAACCAUAGUAGUGGCAGCAAGGUAAGGAUUUUCUCAGUGCUCAAUUGUGAAAAAGAGUGUUAAAGCACUGGUAAAAGAGGCAUCUUUCAGUGUGUGUAUAUGCCACUAUACCCCAGGCUACGCAAUGUGAGAGACCACACUCUCCCUGAGUCAUUAUGCAGUCAUCUGUUGAGGCAAAACUUGAUUUCCCCAUGGAGUAGUGCUCCAAGCUUACAUUAAAGUGCAAUAGUAUGUUGUUUCCUCUCAUCUUUAUGAGACUUCAGAUUUCAGGAGGAAUAGAAAAAGAUUCAAACUGUGUUGUGGUUUUAUCAAACCUGAAUUUGUGUGGAAUUUAAAAUUGUUGAGGCAAGCUUCUGCAGUUGCCAGAAUGGUAACAUUGACUGCAAAUUUUGUUAUUUCAGUGGGAAUUUAUGGAAACAUGAAAUUGCUCUAAGUAUGGGUCAAGCAGUGCUUUUCUUGAACCAUAAAUCACAAACAGCAGCUGAGCUCUGAAAACGUGCUUAGCCAUCAUUCCUGUCUCUAUUUUUCAGCACUCGUCUGGAAAUGGGGAAGUGGAUGGAAGAUCUAAAUAUGGCAAUUGAAAUGGCCAAGAAAUUCACUGAGAAAUCAGAGAUGUUUCUAGAAAACUCAGUGUGCAAUCGUUCUAACAGUGAGUAGCUUUCAUGUCACUUGUGAUUAGUGAUUCUUGGUUAGUUGUGUGCUCUUCAGGCUUCUGAGAUGGAAAAUGGUAUAGAUUACGCAGCCUUCAGUCUUUUUCACUAAGUAACAUUCCAUACCCUCUCCGAUGCUCCAGAUAUUUCAGGCUUGGCAAAUAAGAACUUCCAGCUGUUAAAGCAAUAAUAAUGAAGUUUAUAGUGUGUAAUCUUUCCUUACCACCCUCUUACACAGGAAAGUAUUCAUUCUUUUAAACCACAGUUCACUUACCAAUCUGUGGAAGUCAUUGAAGUAAUAUCCUGUGUACUCCUGAAUGUCUCCUUAUCUAUGGAUCCGCCCCACCACUGGCCACUGAAACACACGGUGGCAUUCCUCAGGUGGAAAUUAUAUAUUUCCUAGGAAUCCUUCUAGGAAGCUUCUGAGCAAACUUUUCAAUAUUUUCCCUAUAUAACAGAAUGUGACUUUUUCCUAUGCAAUAACUUUGAUGUGUCCUAACCUUCAAGCUAUCGAUUAUGAAGGCCAUGGAUAUCAGAAGGAGAGUAACCCAUGCAUGCCAAUUCCUUUUGUGAGGGGAAGAUGCUAUUAUACGUCAGCAAUCCUUGCUGCUAUCACUACCCCUGUGCCCUCAGCCUGUUAAAUGUUUGCUCCCUUCUCCCCCCUCAGGAUCCUCAGAUGAGGUAUCUGUAGAACAGGAGUCCGAAGAGGACAUACAUUCUUCUCGUAGCUCCCUGGACAGGCAGAGCCACCACCGUGCCAAUACUACUAUGCAUGUAUGCUGGUACCGCAACACCAGUGUCUCCAUGACAGAUCACAGUGUGGCCGUCGAGGUACCCAGCAGCAGAGCACAUAUCACUAUCACUUUCACUUACCACUCUGUCUGUCUUGGUUGCUGGUUUCUCUGCACUGUAUACAUGUGUGCGGUUUUAACACCCCCUUCAUUUCCUUCAGUAACUUCAGUGGUCUUGUGUGAGAGAGCAAAUGAAUGAAUAACCACAAGACGUCUGAAGAUGUUCUUUGUAUGUGUGACUGCAUGUUUCCAUCAUGUUCUCAACAAGGGUGUGCUUUGGAGAAGAAAGAAGAUAAAAAGGGGGCUUUGAUAUAUCAACAGCUGCCAUUCACACUAAAAAGCUAAUGAAAGAAAUCAGCUUUGGGAUUAUGAAACCAAAAGUUUGUGAUCUUGCCCACUGAGAACCCUGUUUUAGGUAAAUUUGUUAAAUCUUUCUGACUUCUCCCCAAAGCACCAUGGCCCCUUGCACUGCGGAUCUUAGGACUUUUUUACUUUUUUCAUACUAUUUCUUUUAACAGACCUUUUCGUGUACUGCCCUUUCUUGUUCUAAAUCACCUUUUUCUUUCUUUUUCUCUUUGCCCUGCACCCUCUCUGCUCAGUUUUCUGCUCUCUUGCUGUUUCUCCAGAGCUUCCUCCUCGCUAUUUGCUGGGCCAGACUCAGCGGCCCAACACAAUCACCCACGUUUGCUGGUACCGGAACCAGAGUCUAUCCCUGUCUGAUUAUUUGUGUAUGAUUCAGGUAAAGCUGCUUCACUCACUCUCAGUAUUGAUAGGAUCUAUGAAGACGGUCAUUUUCUACUUGUACCAUCUCGUUAUAGCUCUCUUAAACACUGUUCUAAUGUGCAGAAACAAGGAUCUAAAAUAUUGGAAUGAGUGGUAAGACAUCCUUUAAGUCUCUUGCAGAAAUCAGCCAAAUUAAUCCCUUUAUUAAGAAGAACCCUGGAUACACAUUCCAUUGUUUUGAUGCAUUUCAUUUAUCUUGUAGAUUAGAUCACAGCAAGUUAGGUUCCUUCUCCCUCCAGUGGGGCUUACUCUUCACUUUACCAGCAUGUUAACUUAAAAGUGGCAUUGCUGCCAUGUGCUCUGCAGGGCUUUUUACUGUGUGCUUUCCCUCAACAUUUUCUGUCUUCUAGUUGUAUUGUCUCCUUAACUAAGAAUGCAAGCUCUGUGUGUUGCUUACUGGUUCUUAGCAUGUUGUAGAGGACAAAAAACGGGUCUUAAAUUCGCAGUUAACAUAGCACGGACAUGAAUCAGUUGCAUCCAUAAUUGUUCUACCCUUUCAGAGGAGGAAAUGCAGUACGCAGAGUUAUCACUGUGAAAAAGGGGUGUGUGCACAAAUGGACAUUACAUUAGUAGCUGGCAUACCUGAGAGAAGACACCUUGAUGCAGGAUGCCCUUCAGAAGUUGCUAGACACCAACUCCCCUCAGCCGCAGCCACUUUGACCAAUGGUGAGGGGUGAUGGGAGUUGUAGUCCAACAUCAUCUGGAGGGCACAUUGGGUUCACCUGCCCUAGAGCCUUUUUGGUAUGAUCAGGAAAAGCCUGACUCAAACAACCUUUAGUGGAAACAGUGAAAUAUCCUAUCUGGACUGAGUGGAUCUGAAUGGGGAGUAGGUAGCUCUGCCAUAGAGCAGGAGUUCCUAAACUGCAGUCUGUGGACUACCUGUGGUCCAUGAGGUUUUUGCAGGUGUUCCACAGCAUGGCUGUAUUAAACAGACAUUCUGUGGAAUGCAAAUUGUAAUACAAUAAAAUAGAAUAUAAUAAAUAAAAGCAAGAAAAAUGCAAUUAAAAACCAGACAGCAUCUAGCACGGCACAAUCCAGUUACUACAAGUGGAAAAACCAGUUAAGUGGUUUUCAAGUUUUGGAGCCACUGCUACAAACUGAAUAAAAAAAAAAUGCUGUCUCACUUCCCACCUCCUUAAAAACCUGGGGGGUCAAAUACUAAAAAAAGUAAUAAAUAAAAGGACUGUUGGGGCAAUUGGGGUGUUUUUGCUGGUCUGCCAGUAAAAUAAAUAUAGCAUACACAAUGCUUGACAAGCACUCCAGUGUUAUAGUUUCAGAGCAAAGAAUCCCAAAUAAUUUGUUUGGGGGGGGGUUGUAAUUUUGAAUGGCUCCAAAUUACACAACCAUGGAGUUGGGUGGUGGCUUUAUAUUGCUCGGUCAUUAACUUCAUCACAGGAAAUAGCCAAUAAAUGUCUGUGUUACACACCCAUGCUCCAAUAUUGGAAAAAUAUGGAACUUUUCUAACUGCACUUGGCAAAUUAUAUCACCACCAUAAAAAGGUAACUUGUAUACUUCUUGCACAAAAUAUCUAAUCAUACAAAAAGGCUCUGAAGCAGUCUUUCUCAAAUUCAGUCAUCCUCUAGAAAAAGUUACUUGUUUUUUGAAUCUGCAAUGCAAAUUUAACGGCAGGUUUUUGUUGAGCGAUUGUGGAGAAUGACUACUAGUCAUUUACACUAUAUUUUCCUCUCUUCCAUGUAGAACCAGCUGUCAGGAUACCUAUUGAGGAAAUUCAAAAACAGUAACGGCUGGCAGAAGCUGUGGGUUGUUUUUACAAACUUCUGUUUGUUCUUCUACAAGACGCACCAGGUAAGAUGGAUGUGGCACAACUUCAAGAUGAUGCUAGGCAUACAUAGGAAUGAGAUGCAAUAUGCCUUGUGAAUCCAUUCUUAAAGGCUUUCUUCAUUCUUUGGUACAUUUUGUGAGCGUUGCCGCUGUCAGCAACGAGUUGAAUGCUCCAGCGCAGCUUCAGCCAGUAGUCAUUGGCAUAUCUUUCUGGCAAUUCACUAGGCAUCGCCAGAUCACAGUAAACUAAAAUUGUAAUUGAUUGUAAUAUGAAUAGCAUGUCUGGUGCUCUUUAAAAGCACCUAGUUGGAUAAAAUUGCAGAGAGGGUUCCCAGUUAUGGCUUUAGUUAGGCUCUCCAGCUGGCAUACAGUACCUAGAACUUGGGAGAGCUAGUUCUCUCUGUCUGGUAUAUUUGUGCUGGCUGGGAAAUGAGUGUUUUUGUUUUUACUUGUAACUUUAUGUAUUAACUCAGUGGUACAUGGUGGGUUUUAGUACAGGCAGUGAACAUUUUGUGCAGCGGUUCCAUUCCUGACUCCUGCGUCUAUUGGCAGAGCACACAUAAGCCUGCUCUGCCUCCAUUCUGCUCUCUUCCGGGUCCGAAAGUACCGUAUUUUUCGCUCUAUAAGACACACCAGACCACAAGACGCGCCUAGUUUUUGGAGGAGGAAAACAAGAAAAAAAAUAUUCUGAAUCUCAGAAGCCAGAACAGCAAGAGGGAUUGCUGCGCAGUGAAAGCAGCAAUCCCUCUUGCUGUUCUGGCUUCUGGGAUAGCUGCGCAGCCUGCAUUCGCUCCAUAAGAUGCACACACAUUUCCCCUUACUUUUUAGGAGGGGAAAAGUGAGUCUUAUAGAGCAAAAAAUACGGUACCUGUGUGUCAGUGUUCAAGUGGCAAUUGGGCGCCUGCAGAAUGGUUGCUGCCUGUAUUUUAUUUGUAAACUGCCCUGAAAACGGUGGUUGAAGAGUGGAAUGGACACCUGUUAAAUAAAUAAUAAAACUUGGCUGUUUUUUCAGGAUGAUUAUCCAUUGGCCAGUUUACCACUUCUUGGUUACACUGUCAGCACACCCGUAGAGGCCGAUGGCAUUCAGAAGGAUUAUGUCUUCAAACUGCAGUUCAAGUCCCAUGUAUAUUUCUUCAGGGCUGAGAGCAAGUACACCUUUGAGAGGUAAGUGUGCUUCCUAGACAUAAUUUGCAAAACGCAUUCGUUACCCCCAGUUACCAUUCUGACAAAUGUUCUCUACUAACUCUCCUGGUAAUGAGUUGAGGAAGCUGCUGGAAUUUCACACAGAAGUCAUACUUUCCGUGGCCUUGCCUAUAUUAAUGAAUGAGAUAACUUUUGGUGGGUUCUGCUAACUUCAAAAUCUGUCAGUGAAAGAACUCUGUGCAAAAGUAGCUCAGAUUAAAGUUGUACAUAUAUGGAAGUUUGCACAUCACCUGAGAAAUGCUCUCUCUAUCUCUCUCAACCCACCCGGAGCAGGUGGUAGAGAAGUGAAGGCCUAAAACUAUAUAUAUGUAAAAGCAUCCCCCCCAAGGCCUUUCCCCCCAUUUUUCCAGUAAGGGGAGGACUAUUUACCGCAUUAGGAAAUUGCAAUUCCUCUAUAUUGUAAAUAUGUACAACUCAAAUCCAUUUCUGUUUGGCUAAAGAGAUAUUCUGGCUGUGUUCACACAUACCAUAUGGUUUAGUGGAAUGAGCCUGAGUGAAGCCUUGUUUUAGCAGUUCUUACUGAUAAAAGUUGAUGGCUGAGAGGUUGUAUGUGGUUGCAGGCAAUGUGCACUGCAAUCAGUGAUGGGACCUGUCUAGGCUUUACAAUUAAAGAUUCUUUAGGAAGAUGUGCUUAAUGUCCCAAACUUGAUGGUCCUUCUCCAUAAAGAUAAAGAUAAAGAUUGUUGUAUCCAUAAAGAUACAACAAUCACUAAUGAAAAGCACCACCGACUCUACUGAGUCUUCACCAUCUGGGCUGGGUGAGACAGUAAAACUACUCAUUGGCAGCAGGAAAACCAGGAGGAAUUUUUUAAAAAAUUAAAAUUUACCUUGGGGAGACCCUUCCUUUUGAGUUUCUGUGCUCUUCAUAAAAGUGAUCUGGUGUGCAUAUUACUCAUCUAGGCAGUGGAAAAGAGGGGCAUUAACUGCCAGUCCUCUUCCUUGUGGGAUAGGACUCCCUUCUAUAACUCUCCCUUUGCACUAUCGUAACAAACCUAGCAUAAUUGUACAGACCUCUGUUCAAAUUAUCAGGUGACUGUUGGGAUACUGUGGCUCCUUCUUUACAGUAAGUUAACUUUUAAGCAUUAGUUUGAGUGUUAAUCUUACGAAAAUCCUCAGCAAAAUGGAAAGCGAAAUAUUAAUAUUCCUACUAAAAACUAUUAUGUAGCACAUGCAAAGAAUGAUAGUGAGUAGGUAACGAACUAGGGCCAUGACAGUUGACUUUUUUUCUCUUGUCAGGUGGAUGGAAGUAAUAAAGAGAGCCACAAGUUCUCCAGGGAGAUCCAGCCUCUGCCUUUCUAAAGAUGAAAAGGAAAAGAACACAAACUGAUAGAAGCAGAGCUGGGUCUCUGUUGUAAGUUAAUUCUUUGCAGUAUGGGGGAAAGGAGCCUGAGCAUGAUAGUAGUAAAAGGAACCCAUCUGCUCCCUCCUGUGGCCAAGUUAGCUGCCUCAUGGAAGAUGGUGAAUUUUGCUUAGUGUAGAAAGCUCUCUCAUCCAAAGGGACGGCAAAGACUCUGGGGAAUUCAGUUCAUGAAAAAAAUGUGGCUGCUGGAUUUACAUGACUUGCUUCUUUUGUUGGCGUUUGGCCAAUGUUAGUUCUCUGGCUUUCAAGUGGUUUUCUAUUACUUGUUAAUGCUCAGUCUCAACUAAAUAAUCUGUGUGCAACUUGUUCUUUCAGCCUACCAGCCAUACAUGCCUCACACGCUGCAAGCAAUGUUCACAUUAAUGUUAAGAUGGAAUUUCUCCUCACGGUAG